CCUUGGCAAUGUCUUGCAGCCGCACUAAAACUUGAAGCAUUUAUUCCACUGGGAUAUUGGAAAGGAACUAGAGCAGGCACAGUGAGUGCAGUAACCAUCCUUUCACACCAAGACCCCGCAAGCAGCCACCAUGGCUGGGAUUGUACAUUGUAUCUGCUUCUCUCUGCUCUUUGGAAUGUGCUCAGCAGUGACAGGAUCUAGGAUUUACCCGGCCAGUGAAGGUAAGGAUAGGAAUUUGCUGCUGCAUCUUCUACUGCUGCAUCUUGGAGCUUCAUUGUGGCUUUCUGUGCCUUAGUUUUUGGGGGCUCCCAGGGACAGACAGAGCCUGCUAUGGAGUGCUGCCAGCCCUGUAUCUGGCACCAAGGUGGGAUGGUGGAGACUGGCUGCGGCACAACUUUGCCCUCUGGAGGAGAAGACUGGCACCAUGAAGGACAGAGUUCGCCUGCUUUUGGGUUGCUCCUGGAUGGACGCGAAGUGGGUCCCUGGAGACUUUUUGCUGCAGUUCUUUCUGGGUGCACAUAGCAGAAUUAGGAGAACGGAUGGGGCUUGUGUCCUGAUACUGCUGGGACCCAGUCCCUAUAUAGAGUUUCUCUAGCCCGUCACCUAUAGACUGCUGUAUGGCCAGCACUGUGUAUACUGUGACCAGUGUGUGCAGCACCGUGUAUAUUGCAGCAGUGUGCAUUUUAUCAAUACGGCUCCUGUAGCAAGUUUGAGCUAGUUAGUAGUGCUAUGUAUUCCAGUACUCAUUAUAAACAAAGCUUACCUUGUAAACUGUUAUUGUACGCAGCGCUGUGUAUAUUGACACACUAUGUGCAGUCCUUUGUAUACCAUGAAUGGAGCUCCUGUAGUCAAUAUCUGUGUAUAGCGCUAUGUGUGCAGCACUGUGUAUAUUCCAGCACUGGACUGGAGUGUUUCUUUGUCGAGCGCUGUGUAUAUCGCAGCGUCUAUAUAUAUAUAAACUAAUAUAUGUAAUAGGUCCCUUAGCUUAUAUAUAGUGUUACUGCAACCCUGUGUAUACUGCGAUACUGCAUGCAGCGCCGAGUAUACUGUGUGUAAGAAUUCUAGCCAGUGCUCUAUAGUUCGGUAAUCGUAUUACAAGCUAACAUUGAGGUGUUAAGGCAGGCUGCACUGUUUAUUGGUAUAAAGUACUAUGUAUAUUACCGUGGCGUGUUGUAUACUGAGAAAUGUUUGUAAGUAUAUUGUUGAGUGUCGUGGGUUGUGUACCGUACGCAGUACCGUGUAUACUGCGAGUUUGAAGCAUACUUGUAACCUUGUAUAUCGCUAAUUUCCCACGAUAUACCUGCUGUAUGAGUGCCCGCAGGUCAGUGAAUGCUGUGCUGUGUGCUUUGAGAAUGCCGCACAGUGCCGUGCAUACCGUGUGCUUUUACCGACCUGUUCUCUGCUGUAUGUAAAGCCAGCGUCUGUUACUGUGUUCUGCGCUCUGCACUCUGAGUUUUCUAACAUGUACCCACACAGAGCUGAGUAUACUACGAGCAGUGCUCAAAGUGUACCGAAUAUACUGUGAACUAUGGUGAAACUGUACCGAGUCUGCUGUGAGCAGUGUACUACUUAUUCUGUGAACUGGAGCUGUGCAAAAUAUAUUGUCAGAGCUAUGCACCACAGUUGAUAAAAGUUAUUGCAUACAAUAUAUACUCACCGAGAAUUGUAUUCACUAAAUAUAUUUGCAAAAAGCACUGUUUGCCUAUCAUGUCUUUUAUCUAUGUCUAGCUUGUCUGCCUUUACAUCUUUCUGUCUGUCUGCCAUUCCAUCUUUCUGUCUGCCAUUCCAUCUUUCUGUCUGUCUGUCUGUCAUUCCAAAUUUCUGUCUGCCAUUUCAUCUUUCUGUCUGGCUGUCUAGAGACCUGGAAACAGUGUAUAUCUCUAUAUCCUAAUAAUUCUUCCCUAUCAAUGUUGCAAUCUCACGUUCCGUCCACUAUAUAUAUAUAUAUAUAUAUAUAUUCCAUACAUCGAGUAUAGGAUGAAUUGGAUAUACCUUGGGGGAAGUUUGCGGUAACACCCGAGCCAAAAAUAAAAUAAAUCUAGCAAUAUACUAGCAGAGUCUAUAUCCAAGCCAGGGUGUCGUAUGUGUCCAUCUCCCCUGUUUUAGUAAUAAUUGAGGCCAUGUGUGUGAAUUGAUUUCCCAUUUAAUAAGCCAGGAGUGGACACACGGUAUACUCAGUGUACAGCUCACCCCUGGGACAGCCUGACACAGUACAUGUCUUGCACUUUACAUGAUCGACAUGAGCACCUGGAUUUCAUUUUGGCUAUUUAUGUGAUGUGUCUGUGUUUCAAUUAAUUCUUCCUCUCUAGAAGUAUACAACAACAAAAACUAACAAUGUGUAUAUAUCCAUUCUAGACUAUGCAAAGUUAAUGGCCAUAUUAGUGGUCAUGAUAUAUUUAUAUACACACACACAAGUACUGUGAUCUAAUCUAGAUUUUUUAAUGAAGGUAUUUAAAUAGCUUUAUGUUUAUGGAUUUGUAUGGAUGUAUUUGUGAUGGAUAUACAAAGUAUAUGUAGGUUCUAGUUGGCAUUUGUAGCUAUGGUAGAUUCUGGGCUUAUUCUGCUAUUAAGUUGCCCCAGUGGCUAUCUUGCACAUAGCCAGCUAGUGAGUUAGCUUUGAAUGCAGAUCACGUAUGUCUUUCUUUCUCUCCCUUAUCCCCCUCUUUUUGUUUAAAUUCAGCCACAUUGCUUUCUUUGUAUUUCUGAUCUACUUUAUACAAAUACAGAUGGAUGUGGAUUUAUUCCACUCUAAAAAAAAAUAAUAAUAAUAAUAAUAAAAUAUAUAUAUAUAUAUUGCAAAUCAUCAUUAGAUGUAUGUAUAGUAAAAAAAAAAACCUGUAAAAAACACCCCCCAAAAAUAAAAAAUGUAAGUUAAACCCCCCAAAACUGAUAUAUAUCAUCAGAUGUGUAGUCAGUCGCCCAUGUAAGAUCAUGGAGGAAGCUGUUAACAAUGUGUGGAUUUGACUGAGCCAAUUCACAUAUUCAGAUUUCAGAUUCAGAUAACUGGUUUGAUCCGCACAGAUCAGCAAUGUAAUCCCUUCCUGUGUGAUUUAACACUGAGAGCAACAGCUCUCAACAGUUUAAAUACUUAUUACAAGUCAGUCAGACCAAAUACAAUGUAAAUGUCAAUCUAGAAUAUAUAUAUAUAUUGAAUCAAACGUCCUAUGCAUUAUGAGUAAAAUGGUUAUUUAAUUCAGUCUCUCAGAAUACUUUCAAUAAUAUAAAGCACUUAGUCUGUAUACCCAUUGUACAGCGCUGUGGAAUUUGUUGGUGCUUUAUAAAUAAUAAUAAUAAUAAUAAUAUAUAUAGUAUUGAGUAUCCAUCAUCAUAAGUAUAUGCCAUUAACAGGUAUACUCCCUUUUCAUUGCAGUUACGCUUCUGGAUUCCAGAUCAGUACAAGGAGAGCUUGGUUGGAUAGCUAGUCCUCUAGAAGGAGGGGUAAGUUCUUGAUUUUGUACAAUUACAAGACUGUAAUAGGAUGAUUGACUCUUUAUGCUCAUUCCUAGAGGCUCACUUUUGGUUGAUUGUGCGGAAUGGCUUAUUACCUCUCCAGUCCACUGUAUCAAUUACCUUUUGUGGGCCUGAAACCUUAUAUUUCAGUGGGGUAGUCAUCACUGUCUAACUAAGGAAUAGCAGAGAAAAAAUAAUAAAAAAAAAUCCCUUUAAAUAAGGGGAUUAUAUGGAUCACUAUUAAUAAUGGGAAAUAUGAUACAGUAGAAAUUUGACAUUUGUUGAUGAAAUUGAGAUAGUUGUAAGCACAAAAUUCGACAAAACGACUGUUUAUUUAUACAUGUUAAACCUUUGUGCGUAACACUUGUAAGCAUUUUUAUAUUCUGCAUCUAAUGUUUAUUUGUCCCUUACAGGCAUUGGGUUUAGAAUGUUGCUUUUAUUUAAUUUGUACAGGCCACAGUUUACCAAUAAGUUAUAAAUUCUCUUCCAAGCAAAAUUUCUAACACUUUUUUUCGCUAUUUAAAUAUUUCACAUCUAAUAUGUGUAUCCGUCAGAAUUUCCUAUAAUGUUUCAGGUUACUCAAAUAAUUAAUUACAGUCUUUCCCGAGUUAGGAUAUUAAAUAGACAGACUAAUAAGAAUUUCACUAUUAUUUACUAAAAUUUGCAAUUGCUUUUACUGAUGAGAUUUUUCUUGCAGAUACAGACAAUUAGGCCAGUGUUAUUUUUUUUUGUUACGAUUCUUUAGCAGCUCAACUAACUUUGUCUGUGCUGUCAGAUUAAAUUGAUGAUUGAAUGAAAAAAACUCAGAUAAAGUCCUACUUAUAACAUUACAGAUUGGCAUUAAUAUUUGGUAGUUAUAUUAUUUUCCCAAUAAUAGUGUUUGUAAAGUAGCACUUCUCUACACAAUCAUAAGGGUCACAGCAGUCUGUAGUUUCACUAUGAAUUGUGUAAUUGUAUGUUAGGUUAGUAAGGACAAUAAGGCUGGAAUUAGAGGGAACAUCUAUAUUAGAUUAUCAUUUUAUCGCUGACACUUAUAGUUGUCAUUUUAUCUUGAGAGACAAAGCUCUAAAAUCAUCAGGAAGCUUGCUUUUCUUCUGAAUGCACAAACAGCCAUUAGAGGGCAGAAUUCCAUCUACUUGUUACAAACAGAUUAAAUCCAAAACAUACAAAAAUAUCUUAAGAGCCGAAAUCAGUAUUUACUAAAUAUCAGUGUGGGACGUAGGGAAGAGAUGUGCAACAUUAACAAUAAAACGGCUGAACUGGUUAACAUUUAAAUUGCCAGGCUACUCAUCAUAUGUUAUUUAGUCAAUAGAUCCCUGAACUCCCGUAAAAAUUUUUUUCUCAGUAAGUCUCAUCAUGUAUUACAUACAUUAUACUUUUGUUAUUAUUUUUUUUAAUUACAAAUAAAUAUAAUUUUUUAAUUUGUUUAGCUGCAAACUCAGUAAAUUUGGUACCUUGUUAUUUCAAUCUGAUUUUUUUUUACAUUUCUGGGAAUCCUGGCUUAAGGUUUUUUUUUCGUUCCUUUGUUUUUUUAACUAUGAAUGAGCAUACACCUAUUCUUAAAAGUAAAAGCAAACCACCAACCAAAUAUUGCUGUGUCCAUUUUCACAUUAUCACUUUAGAAACUAUUGUGAAUUUCACCAUUUUUUGAGCAUCCACUAAUUCUGAGUAUAGUAUUGAUUUUUUUUAUUUUUUUUCAAUUUUGAAAGCAUAUGUCAACAACGAAGAGGGCAGAAUGAGUGACAGGCAGGUGGCACUGAAUCCAAUGUAUAUUUACUUCGUAUUGUUGCAACAGACAGUGUGCGUCACAGCACAGUAUUCUCUGGAGCUUUUGUUCUGAUACAACAUGCCUUAUUCCCACAGCAGAUCAGUACGGGGUAUAAGGAAUAUGAGACACUCCAUCUACCAGAUCCUUUGCCCAAUUGCUCUUUUAAUUUAAUGGGCACACAUGGGAUAGAUAUUGGAAACUUGGGAGUCAGGCAACAAAAGAGUUCUGCUACAUCAAUAUGUGACUCUCUUGUGUUUUAGUAAAUUAACUCACAGCAUGACUGACAUUUAAAUGAAGAUUUUUCUGAAUGCAUGAUUUGACCGUGACUUGCUGUCAGGGCAUAUAACUAAUAAGAAUACAUUGCAUUAUUGGUCAUAUGUACAUUGUCAGGCUAGCAGCAAUCUUUAAGUGACACUGAUUUUCCUUGCCACUUUACUGUCUGUCUGUGGACGUGACAGGUUUGCUCUAAACCCAUAUACGUAUUUGAGCUAUUUUUACACUACUUGUGAAAAAUGUAACAGUACAGGUGCAGCUUUGACUCCUCAAUUCCCAUGCAUAGCAUUUCCUUUCAGAGCCUAGACUGCUUUCCUGCAUUUGAGCAGUAGAUCAGUUUGCCUUUGGCGUUUACUUGAAAAUAGACAUUUUCAAUCUUGUUGCAGGAUCGUAGGCUAGGAGAACUCGCCGUGUACAGAUGUUUCAAAACGUUGUUGUAAACAUACGUGUUCAUUUACGGCCUUUACUCAUGAUGCAGUAAAAGAAGUACCCCACAAAGAGACUCUAUUGUGAUGGGGUUAUUUUAAGCUAAGUCAGCCCAACAAUUCCACUAGGGAAUCUACAGGAAAAGUAUAUUAAACAUAGCCAAUCAAGUCACAUGACUAACUGGGAUUGCUUAUGUAAUUUUAGUUUAUAGGUUCCGCUCUACAGGCAGCGAAAUUUACAGAUGAUACGCAAGGCCUACAGGGUUAUUUGCCAAAUUGUGAAUUCUGGAAAAUUGACGAGUGAAUUGCAAAUUUUAUGCCGAACUAGCUCGAGUGGAACAAUUCUCAAGCUUAACUAUUUUCCAGCUUACUUAUAUUGCUUUAAAUUGUGCAGUUCCCUUGUAACUUCUCUAAAAUUCCUAGUUUAGUGCACAAAUCAUUAUUUUUAAUUAUUUAUUUUCUGAUUUUUGUUUUUAUUCGACGCUUAGUUACUCAUAACAUUCCAAAAUGUUUAAACUUGAAUUUUCCAAUUAAACAGGUUUCUGCACCAGUUGGGGCAGAGCAAUUUGAGGCAUUCUAAUCGUACACUGAGUCGUUAUAGUGAUAGCUAUGAUUUGCACAGCUUUCCCAUGAUGCUCCAUGGAGGAAUAAGAUUGACUGCGCGUUGAGGGCAAUAUAGCCAACAACUGUUGGAGUACUAUAAUGAACCAUGAGUUAACACUUUACGAUUCUACAAUAAACUUGCAGUUGAAGUUAUUCCUUUAAAUAAAACUAACAAAAAUAAGGGUAAUUUUUUUAACAUGAUAUAAUAACUUAUUUAUUCACCUUGUUAUAGUGGGAAGAAGUGAGCAUUAUGGAUGAAAAAAACACUCCCAUUCGAACGUACCAAGUCUGCAAUGUAAUGGAGUCAAGCCAGAACAACUGGCUACGGACUGACUGGAUCCCCCGGAGUGGGGCACAAAGAGUGUAUGUCGAGAUUAAAUUCACUUUGAGGGACUGCAACAGUUUGCCUGGGGUGAUGGGCACAUGCAAAGAGACAUUCAAUCUCUACUACUAUGAGUCCAACAAUGACAAGGAACGAUUUAUUCGUGAGACUCAGUUUCUUAAAAUUGACACCAUUGCUGCUGACGAGAGCUUUACUCAGGUGGACAUCGGAGAUCGGAUCAUGAAGCUCAACACAGAGGUCAGAGAUGUUGGCCCACUUAGCAAGAAGGGUUUUUACUUGGCAUUUCAGGAUGUAGGUGCCUGCAUUGCUCUGGUGUCUGUCCGUGUUUUCUAUAAGAAAUGUCCAUUGACUGUGAGGAACCUGGCCCAGUUUCCAGAUACCAUCACAGGUUCGGAUACCUCUUCAUUGGUGGAGGUUCGUGGUUCAUGUGUCAACAACUCGGAGGAGAAAGAUGUACCUAAAAUGUACUGCGGGGCUGAUGGCGAGUGGCUGGUGCCUAUUGGGAACUGCCUUUGUAAUGCUGGCUAUGAAGAACGCAAUGGGGGGUGCCAAGGUAAGAGUUUCAACUAUAUGUUUCCAUCUGGUGUCAAAUUGUGUAAUUGAAUCUGCCACAAGAUGAAUAAAAACAAGCCAUUAAUUAGCAGAUCCUUGGGGAGGGCAGUUGACAGAAGGGCUGCAUACACAAGGCCAAGAGGUCCAGGUGGCAGGGCUGGCACUGGGGAAAAUUUGAACAAAUGGCAUGGCAGAAGGCAGGGAAACAUACACAAAAACUGGCUCGAUACAGAUAGCUCUAAAUUAAAUGUUUUCCUUUUUUUGCUUGUCUGUGUAGCUAGGUAAGUCAAGAUCAUCAUGUUGCUCUUUGUAACUAGACGAUCUAGAUUAUUAAUGGUGGCAUUAAGUCAUUACAGCGUAUUGAUAGCAUUAUAUAGCAAAUUGCAUUCCUUUAUAAUACCAUUAUAUUGGUAUUUUUAAAUAGUUGCAUUUUUGUUCUUUCACAUUUAGAUAAUAGAUGCAUUGCAUUUGUUCUAUUUAUAUUUGAGUGUAUGUAAAGUAUUAUUUUAUGACCAAAUUUGUUUUUGCAUUACUGUUGGAUAAUUUAAAUACAAGCAUGUUACUUGCAUCAGCUUUUUAUACCCAAAGUGUUUUAUUUGGAUGAUGCCAUUUUCUUAAAGUGGGCACUGUCACCGUCUUGGGGCUUUGCAGAAUUCGCAAAGACCCCCCCCAAACCUUUCUUCCCCGAAGGUGACAUCACCGCUGGGGGUCCAACAGCAGGGGGUGGAUGCAGAUAAUGGUGAGUUCCUCUUACCUGAACAUGUCCCUCGUGGGCAUGGCUACCUUCCUCUGGUGGGUUCUUUUCAGCUUCUGGCACUUUAGCGAGAGUACAGCAUUAACGUCUAGAGCAGGCAUAAGCAACCUUCGGCACUCCAGAUGUUUUGGACUACACCUCCCAUGAUGCUUUACCAGCAUUAUGGGUGUAAGAGCAUUAUGGGCGAUGUAGUCCACAACAUCUGGAGUGCCGAAGGUUGCCUAUUCCUACUCUAGAGAAUGGUGAUGACUGGGGGAAUUAUACUUUUAGAUGGUGGUAGCUUCGCCCAGUGUCAAGAAGUGUCACGCAUAGGAAGUAUACAAAGACAAAGUGGUUUCUAUUUUGUCUCUGUAUAUUUCUUGACUGGGUUGAAUUUUAGUGAAAUUCCAACACAUUCAAUAUGAGUAUUUCAUAAAGAUUUUAUCUUUAUGAUAUACUAUUUUUUUUAAUAUUUUUUUUUUGGGGGGGGUGAGGAGGGGGAGCUAUGCCACUGAAAGGGCAGUAAAAAUGACUCAUAAUUAAUUCUUAGCUAUUGUCUGUUUAAUGCCAGAAUAGUAAUGUACUUUUUAAAGACAAAAGAAAUAUGGGCAACAUUCAAAUUGUUUAUCUAAAAUUUGCGUAGGAAUAUAUAUCUUGUUGAUAUGUUCAUUUAUAAUUACGUAUUGAUGUAAAGCAUUCUGUUUGUUUGUAUAGAAGAGCUUCUGGCUCAUCUGCUAAAGGAUAUAAGAAAAUAAGUUGCUCCAGACUUUUCUCAAAGGUUCAUUUUUUUCUUUUGGGAGGGGAGUUUGUCAAACAGUGAACACUGUAAAACCAAGGACAAUCCGUUUUCCUCUUAUGUCAUGUCUGUAGUAAUAAAGGAAUGUAGACAGGGUGCUUUACUUUUGGCCAUGAACUCUAAUUUUAGGAGGCCUUGUCACUUUACUAAAAACUCCAUACAGCAACAGGUUACUCAUCAGUUCUCCCACUGAGCAUUGUAAUACUUACAAUUAAUUAAUUGCUGGGGUGUUCAGAUUUUCCUUUAAGAAUACUUUUGACCAGACCAGACUCAACCGAUUACAGUUUGGCCUAUACUUUAAGAAAUAACCUGGGCAACUAAAUAAUUGUUUGAUUCUAAAAUAUAAAACACAAAACCAACAUAAUGGCUCUCUGGCUCUGUGUAUACCAACCUGAACCUUAGCCAAGAUUUUGUUAUCAAAGCUAUUUUUCCCAUAAUGGAGUUAUUUACUUAGAAAUGACUUUACAUAGAAAAAUACAUUGAGAUUUCUUCUAUUUUCAAAUAUUCCACAGGGACAUUUUCUUUGUGUGUCAGAUUUUUUUAUGUGCUCUGUUCCACGCCUUUACACUCCUCAAUGUCACUGUGUUAUAUAUUCUACUGCUUUCAGGUUUUUUUUUUGCCGGCCUGACUUAUGGUCAACUUUUUGACCCAAAUUAUGCCUCUAUGGAACAGCAUCUGGCUUACAGGCCAGCAGUUGGCUGACCGCGAAUGGGCCUCAUGCCACUCCUCACUUCUGCUCUACUUGUUUUCAGCAGCCAUCAGCCUGAUAUUAAAUUAUUGGCAUUCAUGGAAUCUCAGGGGAUUCACCUCUUGAAUGUCCAGUUUGGUCUCAGAUCUCAUACAGAUAAGAGCCAUGGGCGUGAGUUUGGGGCAAAUUAAUUGUCCCUCUGAGACGAUAAGAAAGAACACCAGUCUGAAGGUUGUGACCCCUGCUAGCAGGUUGUUCCUCAGUUGUCUAUGAGAGUUUGAUCCCAAGCAGACUGAACACAAGAGAGAGGUCUAAAGGUCAUUUAAUCCCUCAUCUAUCUUCCUCCUGUCACUCCUUAGUCACAGCCAAAGAUUGAUUAAGAUCUUCAGUUUGACAGAGUCCUGCUGGGUUUUACUGGACAAGAGUCAGGGGUAGGGAAUCCAAAAGCCUUUGAAUGAUAUCCUUUGGCAUAGGGAAUCAAAUAAUGCUUAGAUCUAAGGUCACACACAAGCUCACUGUGCCAGAUUGUGCAGAUGUACAUUUUGCAGAGUACAUAAAAAUAUAUAACAAUAUUAAAAAUAAUAAUUAUGUAGACAUUGUAAUUAUAAAUGUAUUUAUCAUGUGGGAUAGUGCGCAAGUAACUCUUUUCUUUGGGAAUUAUAAGUAUAUGUCUGUGGACACAUUUAAUACUAAAUAAUUAAAGUGUCUCGAUGACUACAAUGCUUAUAGUAAAGAUAAUUCAACCCAGAUAUUAGCAAUGAUUCAUAUAAUAAUUACUGCAUUUAUUCAAUUUCUAGACAUGACUUUUUUUACUUUUUCUUCAUACAUUUUUUAGUUAAUUAGCUACCAGCUGAAUAGGUUUGCAUUAUAUCCGAUCUAACAAUUAGGAGCUGUUUAUUGGGUUUUGAUUCUUGAACUGUGCAGGUGUUGCAGUUUUAUGUAUCUUAGUCAGCUAAGUGGCUUAUUCACUAAAUGGUAAUUGUCAAAUGCUGACAGUUGUAUAACAAAUUGCAGUUUAAAAUAGUUAAGGAAAAGUAAUCCAUGAUAGGAAAUUUUACAACUUUAUUUUUAAUGUACUAUCAUUCACUGUUUAGGCUAUAAACCCCUGGCUGUGUAUAUAAAACUUCAUAAAUUUAUACAAGUUCUUAUAAAACAAUAAACUGGCUUCAUAGUACCUGUGAUAAUGGAAUUCAAAGUAUCUGCUUCUAAGGCAAAUUGUCUGCUUUUACCAUCCAUUCAUCCAUCCAUCCAUCCAAGCUUUGGUUUGUUUUUACCAUUCUAAGCAGCAGAUGAACUACAUGCAGGCCAAAACUUCAUUUUUUAAAUGGUGCCCUAGCAAGUGCAUAAGGUCCACAGUGGCAAAAUUAAUAUAAUUUAAGGGAGCUACAGCCAAUUCAUUUUCUAUAGAUCCCAGAGACCAGUCUGUUAAUUAUCAAAUAAAAAAAAACAAAAAAACCAUGAUCUACUGAUUAUGUCUAAUUCUGAGAGUUUUUCUUUCCUCUUAAAAGCUCUUCCCUUGGCAUCACACUUUGUAAUAACAUUUUGGGCAUGGAAAGGAUGUGGCGUAAGAAGGGAGAUGUGUGGGACAUGCAUUUAUUCAUUCUUUAUUAAGAGGCAGACCUCAGGAUAAACAGCAAUUAGAGCACCAAACAGACUCGCUGAGCCGAUCUAAAUUUUUUAUUCCUAUCAGCAUGAUGUCCUGGUUGGUAGUUUCAAAGGAUUUCAAUGGCGGCACCUCUGGCAAAAAAAAAAAAAAAACAUAUAAACUGUAUGGAUUAAAUGAACAGGAUCGUAUCCUGAAGGACUGAACAUGCCCUCACCAGGCAUGAUAUACGAUAAGAAUAAUUAUUUAAAAACAUUUUUUAUCUGCCUCCUCAGCAUGCCAACAUUUAUUUAAGUACAUGUUGAGCUGGGUAGGUGGCACUGCUGCUUUGGAAUUAACAUGGUCUUAGCAAUGAGCUGCCUGCAGAAAAUUCACUUGUUUGCAUUUUAAGAAGAUACAUUGAAUAAUUCUGCAGAUCUUUCCACCUUGAUGGCAGUGGGUUAAAUAUAGCAACUCAUUUAGGGUAGACAAAACCUGUUGUUAUGGGUCUGUAAUUGCAAAAUGCAGUUUAACACUCCAUUCAAAUUAUGAAGUAUAAUUUAGCAUUUAAAUUAGUAGGACUCUUUUAAUUAAACCCCUAGCAUGACAGAUGACUUGCCAGGACUGUCGUAAUAUCUUCAGAUUCAAAAGUAAUAAAAAUGAUGACUUAUCAUUAGCACUGAGCAGUAGUAGUGGAUCACUAUUCCCAUUACUCUCAUUAACAGCCCACAAUAGCUGCAGUGUCAAAGUUUAGCCACUAUACUGGAACAAAUCAGGAUGUGGCAUUACAACUCUUAUAAACCUCAGCCAGCAUAUGGCUGGCUGAGAAUAUUCAGGUGCAGGUUGCCUUGCUUGGUAUCGAGGGUUAUAAUAGGGUUAAAGAUUGAUUUUGGAAUCCUGCUGAUUCAACUGAUUGAGGUGCAUGUGACAGGCAGUGGCCUGGCUGCUUGUGGCUGAGAAAUAGAAUUGGAUACAGAAUAGCCAGCUGUAUAUUUUCACAGUUGUUAUUCCAUCGGAGAGUGGGUGGUGCUGCUGCUGUAAUGAGUUUUCCAACAUAUUUUCCUACAGAACUAAAAUCAAGACAGAUGUAAUUCUUUUGAGGCAGGAAGGGACAAAUUAGGUUACCAGUUUUCAGCAGUGUGGCUUUGUGGUUAUUAAAAAAUAGGCUUUUCCAACGUCCCACAUUCAACUAGUCUACAGCUUAGCCACUGUAUCUUGAUUUUCAUUUCAGUGUGCCCUGUGUGCCAAUGCCAAUACAAAAAUACAUGUAAUUCUAAAAAUCACGCAAACAUUCAACUGUAAAAGCGCUUUGCUCCUUUUUGGGUUGUGCCAACAGUUGACCAGAAACAAGAGAGGGGCCCUCGGAUAUCAAUUAGCAUGUCAAUGCAUCAUCAAAAUGAAUUCUAUUCCUGUUUUCCUGCUUUUUUUUUUUUUAAUAAAGCCCAUCUGCUUUUUUGUUCUUGGCAUUCCCCUUUCUAUCCUGUGCCACCUUCACCCUUGAUGCAAAUUUUUGGCUUAGAAUUUUGGAACAUAAAAGCAAUGGGAAGGGAAUCCGUCUGUGCAUAUAAGUAACAAUUAACCCUUCUGAGCAUGUGCUAGCUAGCUAUUAGUGUGCGUGUGUGUCUUUAUAUAUAUAUAUAUAUAUAUAUAUAUAUAUAUGUGUCUACAUGCAUUACCCCUAUGAUAAUUAACCCUUUGAAUGCAGGAAAGUGAGAUGUGCAGUGGGUAUGUAUUUUUAGCUCUCUUAGAUAUUGAGGCCAAACUAAAGAUUACGCCAGGCUACAUGCCACUGAGCAUUGUGGGUGUCAGCCUUUAUGCAGGUUUAUUGGGGCACUGGCCCCAAACACUGUUCAGAUGCUUUGCCCAAUCUGUAUUUCCCCAGCUGCAGUGCUGUACAUGUGACGGGCACCCAGUGAAUCAGUGUCUUUAUUCCCUGGUUGAGGGUGUAACAGACUUAGUAGGGUGAGUCUGUGGUACACUCCACCUUUCAUACUAGGCCAUGCACUUUAUGUAACUCUGAUUGUUCCCACGCCUUAUCCUUAGUACAUGUUUUGUGCUGAACAAAAAACAAAACAAAACAAAAACUGCUUCCUUCCUCUGUAUUUGUACCGUGCUUCCUAUUACCCCGGUUUACUGGUAGCAAAUGCUUGUAAGGUGUAACCUUUCAACGACUAGAAUGGAUCUCACUGUUUGGGUGCCAGAAAGCUUACUUGAUAAGCUGUUUUUGCAAAGUGAUAGUAUUCAGCAUUUGAACAUCCUCUUUAUUCCAGAUACUUGCUGUUAGAAGAGAUCCAUAUCACCCAGUUAACACAAACAGCCGUGUAGAGAAUCAGGGCUAACUGCAGCCAUUAGUAAAACAAGGAUCCCUGAGAAAUACAGUGGGUUUAUUUAAAUGAGGCGCACACACUCACACUCUGACUAAACGUGUUACAGAAUUCUUCUAUGGAGGCUAUUUUAGCCUGAGCUUUGCAAAUCCAUUGCAAUCUGACCACUAUAUGCUUUCUAGGAACUUAACCCGUUGGUGACGACUUUGCAACAAGGAGCUUACAGUUCCAGCAUUUGAUUUAACAACUAAAGCUUUUUACCUUUUUAUGCUUACUUUAUAUAAUAUCAAUCAUGUGAUUUAUGUAAUGUUUGAUCUUUCCUACUACCAGGUGUUCCUUAACCCAUUAAAGACACAACUUCUGGAAUAAAAGGGAAUCAUGACGGAAUAUUUCCAUCAUGUGUCCUUAAGGGGUUAAAAGGACCACUUAGAGUAGUUUUUUCCCUCUUACUUUUCUGUGUAAGUCACAGAAUAUUUCCAGCUGUAACUUCAAGGCUUAACAUUUCAUGUUCUAUGAUACUAGACUGCCCUUAAAAGUUGCUCACCAUUGCAAUGCUGAAGCUCCAUGGCACAUGACACUCUCAGCUAGGUUCACUUUCAAUCAUUAGUGGAAAUAUUGAGCCUUAGUAAUCUUCUUUGUGGGUCAAUUUUUAGAAACAAAAUGACAAAAUGGAAUAUAGAAGGCAUUGCUAAUAUAUUUUUUUCAGAGGUCACUGGCACCAAAGCCUAAAAUGUAUCUCCUGGCAGUCUUUGCCCCGCAGGUAUUGCCAACUUUUUUGUAGUUUAUAAAUAACUAAAUAAGUGUGAUGCAGACUCAGCAGUCCCAUUGCCUGCACAGCUAGAGUGAGUGAGCAAUAGGGACAAUGUCCAAUUUCCUGCUCACAUCUCAGUGCCAUAUUCUUGCAAAACCUUCCAAAUUUGACACCUUAAAUUAGAGCCUCCAGAUGGAUGUGAAGUGUCCUUGGAGACAAACAGUAGGUGACAAUACAUUAAACAGCAGAUGCAAUAUACAUUGAACCAACACGGUUUAUCUGCGUUACUGUAAACAAAAACCUUUGACGGAAUCUCAAAUACAGGAUCAAAGGCAAUUAAGAACACACACUCAAUUCCAAAAUGAAUUAUAUGAAAUGCAAAAUAAGGCACUGUUAUCAUUUUAAAGGAUUGUAAAUCAAAUAUUCACUUUGGGAAGAAGUGUUUUUACAGUUACCGUUCUAACAUUCGUAUACUUAAGAAAAACACAAACUUGUCACGAAAGGUCAGCCUUACAAUACAUUUCAAUGACAGAUUUCUGAUUUGUAAAUUAUUUAUCGAUCGAUCAGAAUAAAAGCACAUUCAGACUAUGUUCCGCUAUAUGAAAGCCAUUCCAAUGCCACUCAAUCAUGGAAUCACCACUAACAUGUGCUAGAUUAAUGUAGUCUGUAUCGAUACCUGGAAUUCAAAAGAUUUAGAAUAUUUAUAUAUGUGGUUGAUUCCUUUUGCUUCAGAACCACAUUCUAGAAUUCUCAGACAAAGAAAGCCAUGUGACUUAUUGAUACCCUCUGUCACUUAUGCACAAUCCAAACACCUAUAUCUAAUGUGUUAAUGUGUGAACAGAAUAUGCAAUAUUCUAAAAAAUAAUUACCAGUCAUCUUCACCUGAUUUUAACAAUUAUAUUUUUAGUAACUAGUAAAACACACUUUUAUUGGAGGGCUGUUCGGAUAAGAGUUUCAAACCCAACAAUGAUAGUCACUACUUGCUUUUGAAGCAACAGCAGAUAUAAACCAUUUAUAAUUAUUUUUAUUUGGUCAGCUGCUGAAAACUGCCCUCUCUGUAGUUUGAAAUCAUACCCUUGAAGUGUUAAAGGAAGUGGAUUGAUGGGAGGUGCUAAGAGGUACAGUGUUAGUAAACAGAGGGAUUUGUAAAUCUGUCCCCAGGUGCAUUCACUUAUUUCUCUUUUGACGUGUAGAUGAGCACUGACUGAGUUGGAGUAGGUGCUAUAUUAUGAUUAAUCAGUGAGAGGAACAAGGUUGGAUUAAUUAUUCAGUGGCAAAUCAUUAGAAUAUGGAUGCCAUGUUCUCCUUUCCCACUAAACAAAGUGUCUUGUCACCUUGGGGGUCAUGUAAUAAAGUGUGAAUUCAAAGUUAAUUCAUAGUAUUUCACAUUUUAGGCCCAAGUAGUCAAAUUGGAAACAUUCUUUAAGAUCAGCUGUGUGUUUUCAGUUGAGUUAUUUUGGCCUAACAUUUGCAAAUGUUAAAAAAUACUACAUGUGUAUAAGCAUGCAUGCAUGUUCUUUUGUGUUGUAUAUUGUGUACGAGACAUCAGAAUAGACACAAGGCUGGCUCAGAAUGUUUGGAACUGGAGUUCAAGAACUACUGAAAGCCAGUAUUUACUUAUACUGAAAAGCUGACCCCAGGCACUGCUUGCUGACUACAGCAUGAUUACUGCCCCAGGGGGUCUCUAGUUAAACCAGUGGUGAUUAGUUUUAUAUUAUUCCUGUGAUCCCAGCCAUUUUGAAGAGGAAGAAAUUAGAGAAUACAUUUUUAAUGGUUAGUCACCGUUUUAAUGAUGUUGGCCUGAAAUUCCCAUAAUUCUGUGCCCACCACAAUCUGUUUUUUUUUUGUCUUUAACUAAAGCACUUUAAAAUGAAUGUGUUUAUGUUAUCAUUUCAAAACAACAUACAUGGGCUAUUCACUAAGCUGUGAAUUGUCAGGAAUUCAAAGUGAAUUUAAAACUCAGUGACAAAGUAGCCAAAUUGGGAAACAUUCUGUAAAAUCAGCUUUGUUGCCAGUUCAGCUAGUUUAGUUUUAAAUUUGAAAUAUACGUUGAAUUCCCAACAAGUCAAACUUUAGUCAGUAACCCCAAUGGUGUUUUAAUAAUAUAGUACCCAAUACAUGUUUCUCCCUGGUCCUUCUAUUCUAGCCCUGAAACAGUUAAGGAAUGUAAUUAAUUUAACAACCACUCCCUGUCGUUUGCAUUGAGUAGCUUGCCUUCAUAUGCAAACUGCAGCUUACAGUUGUUCUUAAGGCAGUCAUUUUUUUUAUAACCGUUUCAUUGCUGGAAAACUAAAAAGUCCGUAGAGGGAACACUGGCCACAUAAGCCAGUGAUGGUAUUCUAUACUCAUGAACAAUAUUAGUUCACUUUGUUCUGGCACGGAUUGCCACAUUAAAUCCUGGCAGUGGGUGGGAAACGGCUGAUUCAUUAUCUGCCUGCCGGUACAGAGGCUGAUUUAGAAAGCAUCCAGCACAGAAGGGGACACAAAGCUCCUUAAUAAUUCUGUAAAGGAAAGAUAUAAUCUUCUACCAGCUCUGUGUGUAUAUUAGAUGAACACACAGAUACUCACAUUGACAUUCACCUGUGCUGUGUCAUGGCAGACUGCCCUGCUAAGCUAUUGAAAUUCUACACUAAAAAAAAACUUACCUAACAUGACUAAACUCUUUCAUGGCAGGAGUGGCUAUCCUUUGGCCUUAACAUGGGUUACAUUACUCAAUAGUGAUGUCCAGAACGAUUCGCCGCGGACGUCGAACAUAUGACCCUGUACCUCACAGUCGGCAGACACAUUCCAGCCAAUCAGCAGCAGACCCUCCCUCCCAGACCCUCCCACCUCCUGGACAGCUCACUAAGAAUGCAGCUUCAAAAUGGAUGCUGUCCAGGAGGUGGGAGGGUCUGGGAGGGAGGGUCUGCUGCUGAUUAGCUGGAAUGUGUCUGCUGACUGUGAGGUAAAGGGUCAUAUGUUCGCCGUCCGCGGCGAACCGUUCGGGACAUCACUAUUACUCAAUAAUCUCAGCCAGCAGACUCUUCUAAGAAAUGCUGUGUUAGCGUUGUCAAAUCUACCGUGGUUUCAUGGACAAAUAUAUCUUCUUCGUUAUAUCAAACACUACAUGAAACGUGCUCCUUUUCGGUAUACAGGACGGAAACCACUUCAUUAAUAGAGAUGGGAUCCUAUCAGACCUUUGUCAGAUAUUUUGCAUUUCCUCCUGCAUCAUGAAUGGUUUAGGUCAGCUCUUUUUAUGUGAUGCCCAUUACAGUGUAGAACAGGGGUAGGCAAUCUUUUCAGUACUGUGCCAAAAUAAGAUUGUGAUAUCGCGUAGUGUUCCAGUCCUAUUUUUUUAAAUUGCAGUGUCUAUGUUGCUGUAAUCUGCUUGUGUUAUUUAUACUGUAGUUGCUUUGUAUUGUUAUAUUUGUGCGUAUAUGAGCUGUUAUAUUGUAUAUGUUCAUGAGUAAAUUGUGGUAUUGUGUAUUAUACCUAUAAAUUUUGGCUGUGUAUGGGGGGCUGCUUGUGACAUUGAGUGUGUUGAUGGACAUGUCACAUUGUGGUGUGUAUGUGUGAGACUGCUUGUGGGGUUGUGUGCGUCUAUGUGGAUUGUUAUUGGAGAUCACUUACUCUACGUGCUGCAAUGCAUAAAUUGAGGAUUGUCUUUCACCACCUUUUCACAUUAGCAGAUAUCUGAAGUUUAACUGGGACUCCUGAUAGGCCAGAGAAGCCUGUUUGGCUCUAGCAGCCAGAAGGGCCGUGGAAAGAUACCUCGAAUGCCGUGCAUGGCACACGUGCCACAGGUUGCCUACUCCUGCUGUAAAAGGUAGUGGUGCUGUGAAAGCAAAGGAUUUGGCACCACUAUUAGUAUGUCAGAAUUACAUUUUUAGUUUGAAUGUUGAAAAAGCAGAAAAAAAUCUAAAAGGGAUGCAGGUGAAACCAAUAGAAUCAUCAUGCUGAUUGAUCCACACUUAACAUUCUGCCCAAGAAUAUGAAUACAAUUUUAGGCCAAAAUAUCCAAGUUGGGAAAAGAGCUAAAUUAGAAAAAUAAAUUCUAUGCUGGCUAUUUUAACCAGAAAUUGCAAUUUCCGUGUGAAUUUACAGUUCCCCUUUUACUGAUUAAUCCUGUGUAUGUAUAAUAUAUAUGAAAACAAACAAAUUCAUGGAAUUCACAGUACAUGGUGCAUUUGACAUCCUGACUCACUAACUCAUGUGCGCAGUCCUCUGUAACUAGGUUUUAAUUUGCUCCCCAUAUCUUUCCAAUUCAUACAAAGACGCAAGCAUGUGUAUAUAUAGCAAUGGUUCAAGUACCUUGACCAAAUUAAAUAGAAAAGGCUAUCCAAUAUAAAGUUGCUUGCCCUAUGGGGCUAUCUAUAAGAACUAUUAUAUUCCUGGCUUCAUCUACACAUUUUAAUCUCUGGUUAAGGAUUCAAUGUUCCUGCAUGAACACCAUCCCAGAGGUCAUUAAAGAGCACAGGCUCAUUAUGGCGGUUCGCCCCUUGGAGAAAUGUCACAAUUACUCAAGGGUGGUUCUUCAAUAAUGGCCCAUGAUUUGUAUGCCACUGUGCUGAUUAAAAUUUGUAUUAAAUGGGCAAUGGGCAGAUUUUAUUUAUUACAUUAUCAAAAGAGUUUGCGAAGUAGAAAUGUUUUAUUUUCCAUAGGGCUUUUAUUGCACGUUAGCCAGUAAAUCGGAUUUUUAAUUAAAGAGACAGUAUCUCUGAAAACACCUGGAUGUACAGUUAUAUAAAUGAAUAUAUUGGCUGAUUAGUGAUGGUUUUUUGUUAACUACAUAGCAGCCUGCUGAUCUCAAUUUUCGAGCUCUAGUGUUUUUAAGAUGAUAACUGUGAAAACAUGAAUCACUGUUUUGUUAAGAAGGCAUUUUGAAUGAAUAGGAAUUCCGAUUUAUUACAUCAGCUUAUUUUACUCUUGUGAACAAUUGCUAUUGAAUUGGCUGAUUUUUGUUGUGUUCUGGAUACCGCUUUCACACUAACUCCUAACCAUUCUUUAUUGAUCUUCUUCAGUACUACACUUAAGACCACCGCUGCAUUUAGACUGUAAUAAAUUUGCCCCUAACAAUAAGGAUAGUGAGAGGUUAAACUGGGGUCUACAAUUUCUCUUAUAAGGAAGCAUUAAAACAAAUGCAAGGGGUAUUUCACAGCCGUCAUAAAAAUGUCGGUGAAGUCGCAACCUCUACAGCGUGUCCAAAGUUCUCAUUCUCUUUAUUUCUUUGUUUUUUUUUCAUUCCUGACCACUAUUGGGUGGCCAGCAAAGGUUAAGAAUCAUUAGUUACCAAAUCGAAAUAUAGGCUGUCUCCCAGCUAUUGUAACAUGUACGGAAAAAAAAUAGUGAGAGUUUAGCGAAGAAUAAUAAUUUGAUAAUCGGAUACAAGGACCACAGUGAAAGUAGAACUAAGGAAAUUAAAUAGUGUGAACCAGGCCAAUAACAGGGGUAUGGCCUGAAUUCAUCAUUGUUGGCACUCUAGCUGGGAGGGCAUAGUGUGAAAAAUGGGAAAUUUGAGGCAUUGAACUAUCUUACAAAAACGUUUUGGACUAAAUGUAUAGGUGAAAAUAGUUUAUUAGUCAUUAAAGGAGCACUAUAGUUUGUUUUCCUGGCACUAUAGGGUCAUUAGGUCCCGCCCCACCCUUAGGGCCCGCCUCCCUCUCUGAAACUGCUAUGUUUUCAACUGCAGGCUUAAAACUAGAGGGAUCAGGCACCCAGACCACUUCCUUGAGCUGAAUGAGUCUGGGUGCCUAUAGUGGUCCUUUAAUUGGACAUUUUUUCACACUUUAUAGUUAUAACAUUAUAUAAUAUAUAAAGUAUAUGUAUACUUUCAUGCUUAUAUUAUCAUAUGGGUUUAUUAAGAAAACAUUGUAGCAGGAAUAUUACACCAUCCUCAAGUAUGUCUUGAAAAGCAUUUUGCAUACAAAGUUAUGCUAUACUUUUAAAAUAAAAAACACAUUAACCCUUGUCCCUGUCUCUAUUUAAAAUCCAUUAUAGCUAUUUGCAAAUUGCCGUAUUGUUAAUUCUCACCAUUAGUGAAUUCACAGAGAUAUUAGGGACUUUUCCACCCAAUGGUAAAAGUACUUCUACACUGUGCACACUCUACCGGAGAGUCUGGGGCAAGUGCAUGUGCAACUUCACAUAGUUCCAUUCAUAAAGGAACAUGGAUAGAGCUAGCUGGCAAGCUAAUGGAAUCCAUUGUAUAGAAAUGUGUGAAAUUCUCAAUGUUCCAUUUGAACAGUGGGAGGAUUAGGAUGAGUAUGUAUUUUGUACUGCUUGCUCUAUCUUGAAGAAAACUGAUCCCUUCUUAUAACAUGCCCAUGUAAAGGAACCAUAGACAUUGUUAGUCUGACGUGCUUAUAGUUUCUCUUAAAACAUGUGACAAGUCCAGAUCUGCAAAGAGCUUCUGUUUUAAUAUAAUUUUUUCUUCAAAGGUGUAAACAUUUUUUCCUGUUAAACGUCUUCUAACAGCUGAACCCUACAGCUCUGACACUGCGAUCCAUGGCAGAUCGCUAAGUGAUGGCUGAUCUAUGUUUAUAAACAUAGAUGUGUAUACAUAGUUAUAUGACAGAAAUACCCCAAAUUCAAGUGACACCUGUCCUGUGACGUGAGUUAUUUAGUAGGUAAAUUUAUUGUAUGUACGGAAAUAAUGCUGAAUGUGUGUACAAAAUUUCAGUGCCUCUAUUUGCAGUGAGAUACAGUAACAUACCUCCCAUCAUUUUAAAUUGACAAAGAGGGGCACUUUAAUUUUAGGGGUGUGAGUGGGGAUUUGGCCAGGGGAGGGGCUGUUCUGAGGAAUUUGAAGUGACAUACUAAUAAUAAUUUAUGCAACUAAAAUGUAAUUUAAAACAAGAACAAUGUAUCUUUUUUUACACAGACUGACUUCUUAACACAUUUCUUGUUGUUUAAAGACUUAUUACUGGGAGUAUUAUUGAUGUGGAGCUAUUUUACACUCAGACAUACCAACAAUAUGGAACUCCUACAGAGAGAUUUGGAAUCAAAAUUGUGACUCUCCCUCCUAAUUAGGGAUAGUUGGGAGCUAUGCCGUAUUUGCUACUAUGGUUAAAGACUAAAGAUCAGUUGUGGUACAAAGUUGUAAAAGUGGAGCAGUCACAUUAAUUUUCCAUUGGUGUCCAUGGUUAUUGCUCUGCUAGGGUUAAACGCAAUAUUUCUGCAUCAUUCAUAACCCACUAUGGUUUUGCACUACUGGCAUGCUGAAGUGCUGAUUGAGAAAGGGUUAAAAACAUAGUAGACGAUUAAAUAUGGAUAGGAUCUCUGCAUAAGUGUUUCUUCCUUUACCCAGGGGCAUAAAUACAGAAGCAAAGGGCUUUAGAUAACAGGAUUAGGAGUUGUCACUCAGCAGUUAACCAAUUAAUUAGCUCGAAAGCACAGGCACCCAGACAACAUGCGCUGUUAUUUUUGCACACAGGCAGCCCUUAACACAUUCUCAUCAUACUGCAAUUUUCAAGUCUCUAAGGUCAAAUAUAGGAAGAAAUUUAGCUGCCUAAAGAAUCUUGUAUUGGAGAUCUUAUCAUAUUUUUCUUUGUUUUCUAUGUAAACCAAGAAAAUGGCUCUAAAUACAGUAUAAUUAUUAACAGAGUGAGUUCAGAUACACCUUCAUAAUCCUUAAUUGUCACAUAAAUAAAUGUUAAAAUAUUCUAGACAAGCUAACAAGCUAUCCCAUAGCAUGACUCUAAUUUUGGCAAGGUGUUAUGUUUAUGUAGCAACCCCCAUCCUUAACAUUGCUGGGAGUCUUGUUUUUAACAACUCUCGCAUUACAAAUAAUAUGGGCAGACAUUCUUACUAAGAGGCAGCUAUUGUUUAUCACAUUUAGUGCUAGUUAAUUACAGAAUAUUCAGUUUCUUGCAUGGAAGUCACGUGAUAAAUCAACAUCAACGGACAUUAUAGGAAACUGACAAAUUAUCUGGAGCCCAUUUCCAUACAAAUAGGCAUUUGUCAAGUGGAAGCAGUACUUUUCAAGAAUUGCUGCUGUACUAACAGUCACAAUUAACAUCCAUAAUUUAUAUUUAUAGCUGAUACUGAACUUUUUAAAUAUGAGCCAAAAACCUGGCAGAUUUUGAUGGUUUUACAGCAAAAGAUCAGAAAUUGCAAAUAUCACAUAUUGGUCACAUCACAUAUCAUAUAUAGAUUUUUUUUUAGAUUUUUAAGGAAGUGGGGUAAUCUUGCACCCUCAGUCACCAGGCAAAGAUAUCCAUGUAAAAGAAUUGUUUAAUAAAGCUGCAAGUGUAAAAUUAAAAAAGUGAGCUCUUUAACAUUCAGGCUCUGAAAUUCAAAGUAAUUGGAUAAGCUGUUUGAACCAAUCGCAUUGCUCUUUCCAUUUCUUAUUGAUCUCAUUAAUGUGUAUCGAUGACUAUUGGGGGUUAUUGACUAAAUCAUUUAUGAGGAAUUGACAAGGAAAUUGGGCCAAAUGAAGACCAAACCUGGAAAAUAGACAAGUAGGACAUUUUUUUUCCAGUUUACUUGCUUGAGCAUAAAAUUUGCAUUGAUUUUUAUUGUUACUAAACUUUAUUUACUAUGGUCUUUGUUUUUGAAACCUAACAAAAGCAUAAAUUAAAUACAUUGUGUUGAGAAUAUCAUUAAUGUUGAUUCUGCAGAACUGUACAGUAUUAUAAGGUUACAGACUAAUUGACAUUUAAGUCAACAUUCAUAGAACUUAGUAUAACAUACACAUAGCUGCACACUGGUACAAAAGGAUAAAAUGGGCGUUGGGGAAUGUUUUUUGCAGAUUUAGGUUUCUGUUCGCCAUAGUCCAUUGUUUAGUGAUUAUAGCCCAUAGUGUCACAAUAUAUUCUUCACCAGCUUCUCAGAUUCACUCAGUAAUUAUUGGCAGGAGGGAUGCAUUUAAACUAUUCAUUUUUUUCUUCCCUUAGUCUAAACCCCCUAACCCUGUUGUUGGUCCUGUGUCAUAAGUACAUGGCCAGUGCUUUUGUUUUCUAUUUAAAAAAAUAUUUUAAAAAACCUCAUCAAAGUGAAGGCAAAGAUAUUGAAUUUGUGGUUGUAUAGAAUACGUGAAUUAAGCUGAGGACAAAGACGGUGAAUCCAGAGCUCUUGCAAUAACCCUUCACCCCUCCCAAUCCUAUCCUGUAAAUCCUCCACAGAAAGGGACAACACAGAGGACAGCAUUAAGCACGCACCAAAGACUUUAAUUUGGGGCCUGGAGAAUGGGGAUUUGGUGUGAAAACGUAUAAAGACCGCACAAUGAACCAAACAAUGAUAACACACACAGCGUGAACAACUGUCCUUGUCAUAUGAGUGUGAAGACCCAGAAGGCAUCCAAUAACAUUCUUUUAUGUGACCAAACGUGUGCAUGUAUAUGCAAUAAUAACAUUUAUUAUAGUGCUCACCAGCUUUAAACAACUUGAAUGAUUUUCCGCAUCCAAAUUAAAUAAAGAACUCUACCAAGUUUGGACAAGUGCUAUUGUAAAGCUGAUAUCUCAUGGUUCCAGUGGGCUUCCUAGUUUUCACCACAUUUUAUUGGCUUUUCGAUUAUAGCCAAUAUUAGCUAGCAUAUGGCAUCACUAGUUGUAGGCCAUUGUUUGUUUACUAUUAGUGAAAACCCACUUGAUUUAUCCUACUAAACAUAACGUGAGAGUGGAAGAGACAUUGUUUUGUUAAAAAUUGUGAUGAGAAACCCGAGUACUGUAGCAUUUGUGGAGUACAUAUGCAGUGAUGCCAGCCUGCAGGUAUCAUGGGAAUUUAGGAAAGGUUGGCCAUCCAUGUCUUUAGAAUGGUAAGAAGUAGAAAGUAUCAAUCUGUUGGAAUGUACUAUUAAGAAUAGCACAAAUACUUAUCCUCACUGUUCAGUUCAAUAUUUUUAUUUCACAAGGUAGAUUUUAUUCCUCCUGAACAUGCAAUGCAGCGGUAAAUAUUUCCAAUACACAGAGGUUGGCUGUGUUCAUUCAGCCGUUUUUAAAGUGUUGUCAAGUCCAAAGGACUAAAAAAAAAGAUUUCUUGCAAACAGUCGCUGGCAGUGCACAAGCUGCCUUUGUUUAUUGGUGACGGUUGAGUGACAGGCAGUUUCCAGUGGGUUUGCAUUCUGUACGCAAGGGGGAUGAGGCUGUGUUUGAUGUGGGCAUAGGGGUCUGACCUUAGCCUAUCUGUCUGCUGAGCUGUGCUUUGAGAUUCUUAUCAAUUUCUCCCUUGGGGCUCUUUCUAAGCGGAGUUAAUCAAACACCUUGCAAGCCGUCAGGUCUCUCCUUAUCACAGAACGGGAUAUAGACUGGGUGAUGGAACACAUUUGUUUAAUCAAAAUGGUACAUCAAUGCAGUUUUGAGAAGGCAUAUGUACUGUAUCAUUUGUCUAUUAAUACUUUAACUCUGGUAGAGGAGAGCAGCAAUGCAUGAUCUGUUUGGGAAUUUGUAGUAUUUUACACUGUGUUAGCUCAUUAGCGGCCAGUUGUACAUAUAGGUUGUAAGACUGUAGUUAUGCAUUAUAUAAAUAUUUUAUAUUUUAUUGGACUACAGCUGCUGGCUACCAGAGUGUUAUGGUAAAAACAGUCCAUUUAAAACUGAGGUCCAUUCUUGGACAGCCCUGCUUUCCACAUUUUUGCUCAGAAUAGCUAAUGUGGUAAAUUACACCAUUUCUUUACAUAUUCCUAUCUAGAACUGCUAAUUUGAUUGUUUAUUAGGUCCUUAAAGGACCACUAUAGGCACCCAGACCUCUUCAGCUUAAUGAAGUGGUUUGGGUGCCUGGUCCAGCUAGGAUUAACCUUUUUUUUAUAAACAUAGCAGUUUCAGAGAAACUGCUAUGUUUACACUGAGGGUUAAUCCAGCCUCUAAAUCCUCUAGUGGUUGUCUCAUUGACAGCCGCUAAAGGCGCUUGCGUGCUUCUCACUGUGAAAAUCACAGUAAGAAGACGCCAGCGUCCAUAGGAAAGCAUUGUAAAUGCUUUCCUAUGAACUGGCUAAAUGCGCGCGACUCCUGCCGCGCAUGCGCAUUCAGCCGAUGACGUCGCUAGGAAGGAGGAGUGGAGGAGGAAAGCUCCCCGCCCGGCGCAGGAGAAAGGUAAGAUUUUAACCCCUUCCUCUCUCCAGAGCCCGGCGGGAGGAGCACCCUGAGGGUGGGGGCACCCUCAGGGCACUGUAGUGCCAUGAAAACGAGUAUGUUUUCCUGGCACUAUUGUGGUUCUUUAAUGAUGUAAAACAGGUGCAUAUUUAGUACUUAACCUGGUAAAAUAUAUGUCAUACAAACAAAAUUUCAAAGGAUCAAUCCAACUGUUUUUGAUAAUUGUGGUAAAGGCAUUUUACAUCAGUAUGGAUGUAUCUUGGAUAUUUUUAUUAAUCGAUAUGUUCUUUCCUCCCCCCCUGUAUCUUCUCUCAGCCUGCAGACCUGGACACUACAAAGCCCUUUCCAAAGACACAGCAUGUUCAAAGUGCCCCUUGCACAGCUAUGCUCUUCGCGAAGGCUCAACUUCUUGCACCUGUGACCGUGGCUAUUUUCGAGCAGAAACUGACCCUGCCAACAUGGCCUGCACUCGUAAGUCCCUCUUUCAGUCGCUUUGCCCUGAUUCAUUGUUUCCUUUUCAGAAAAAACAGGUUUAAUCAGAUCUAAUCACUGCACAGUCAAUUUCCUGCUUUUAAAUGCUAGUCUCAUCAAGCAGUUCAGCUAGCUACGCAUGCUUGAGGAUGAAAGGAUCCAUAAAUAUUCAAUAAUAAAAGAAGAAAUGUCACCAGCUGUCCCAGGCUAAGGGACAUUUGUGAAGAUGCCACCCAUUGUGUUAGAUGGGUGUACGUUACAGUAAAAUGAGCAGGCUGCAUGGUUCCCACAGUACUGGUGACCUCCGUAGCUAAGAAAGUUCUCAGUAGAUACAUUGUCAUCACGAUGUAGUAUGGCAUCUCUUUAUCUGCACUGAGGUGAAAUCUGGCACUUCUAUUUUGGUUUGUUGGCAUUAUGUAUCUAGCUAAUCUAAUUGGUGGACUUUCUUGACUCAGAAACUCAAUUUUGUCAGGUGUCUGCAGCAAUUUUAUGGUCGAUUCCUCAGAGUCAGAUUGAAUAGUUUAAUCGAUUCAGUUAUUGAUGCCUGGGACUUUGUGACAGUGGCUUAGUGUAUUGUGGAUAUUUUUAAUAAAGCCAUCCACCAUGACAAUUUACUGUUUAAACUGGUUCAUCCUCCAUUAUGAAUUGACGAGUCAAAGGUUCUGUAGUCAUGUUCUUACCCAAUGGGUAUCCCUCUUUUUACUUUAACUGUUUUUUUCAUCUAUCUAUUUCUCAGUCAGUCUCCUAUUAGGCAGUCAGUGUGACGGCUGCAUUAAUGAAGAAAUAAAACACACAUAUCUAAGACCUGCUCUUCACGCCAUAUGUAGACUGUGCUUCACUGGUCUUUAAAAUCAGAUUUCUGUUCAGCAAAGUGGAUGAAUGGUGCCGAUAAUUAACCCCUUGUUUGACUUUAGUGGCCUCUGUUCAAUACACAGUGCUUUUACCUUCAGUUAUUUAAUGGAACACUAUAGUGUUAGGAAUACAAAACUGUAGUCCUAAUACUAAAGUGUCCCUCUGCCUACGUGGCCCCACUGCUCCCGGCUCCCAAGGCUGGUAGACAGCAGUCUUUAUCCUGGAAUAUACAAUACUUUAAAUUGCAUUGUUAAAGGAGCACUAUAGGGUCAGGGGGACCCUAUAGUGUUAAAACCACCAUCUAGCCCCCCUGGCCCCCUCAUGCCUCCAUAAAUAUAGUAAAAAUCUUACUGUAUUCAAACCUGAAGCUGUAAAUCUGCAUGCUGUUAGACUCAGAAAAACAAGCAGUCUGCUGACAUCAUCAGAAGUGGUGGCCUGAUCCAAUCACAGUGCUUCUCCAUAGGAUUGACUGAGACUGACAAAGAGGCAGAUCAGGGGCAGAGCCAGCAUGAUUCAAACAGAGCCCUGGCCAAUCAGCAUCUCCUCAUAGAGAUGACUUGAAUCAGUGUAUCUCUAUGAGGAAAGUUCAGUGUCUGCAUGCAGAGGGAGGAGACACUGAAUGUUUGGAUGCAUUUUAGGCAGCCAUGACCCAGGAAGGAUCUCUAACAGCUAUAUGAGGAGGGGUCAGUGAAGUUAUCACUAGGCUGUAAUGUAAACACUGCAUUUUCUCUGAAAAGACAGUGUUUACAGAAAAAAGCCUGAAGGUAAUGAUUAUACUCACCAGAACAAUUUCAAUAAGCUGUAGUUGUUCUGGUGACUAAUGUGUCCCUUUAAGGGACAAUGUGAUGAAGUGUUCUGGGUCCCUUUAGUGUCCCUUUAAGAAAUAAAUCUUCUCUAUCACGAAAGGAACAGAAUUCCUAUCUAGAUUCUGUGAUUGAAGAGGGGAGUAUAAACAUGUUGUACACAGAAAAGUACCAAAACAUGGAGCAGUCACCAUGGAAACCAAUUGAUGCCCCAGUCUAUUGGUUUCCACUAUGAUUGUUCUAGUGUUAGCACUUUGCACGCUUUCUAGCAAUACCUUUGAAUUCCUCCACUGGUGGGAGAUCCCAUUAGUUGUAGUGAGUCAGGAUUAUGAACUUAAACCAACAAGUUUUUAAACUCUGGCAUCUGAAAUUCAUUAGCUUAGAACCUGCAAAUGAAAUUUAGUGAAACAUCUCCAAAUUUAAGCUCCUUAAUACAUCUCCCCAUUUUUUCAGAAGUCAUAUCACUAGAGUGAUAUUUUCUUAAACUAUGGAUAAAUGCUGUUUUCUGUAUAGUGUCUGCAAUGAAUUAUAGGUCCAUAUUCAGCUGUUAAGACCUCACAGUCCCCUAUUUAGUGGUGUUCCAUCACAUGUACUAGUACAAAUUAAAUGAGUACAUAAGUCUUAUCUUGUCCUAAAGCAUACGUGAUGUCCAUUUAUUUGUAUUAAAGUUUGCCCAAAAAGAAAAAUACAAGAUAUAUAAAAAGGAGGAUUUCUAUUUUUACCUUUUUAUACCAGAAAUAAUGGAUGUUUUCUCGAAAACAUAGAAAACAUAUUAACAAUUACUAUAUCCCCUUUUAGAAAUGGAAUGCGAUUUAAUUUUCCAGAAUGGGAGCAAAUAGACCAUUUAUUUUUAGCGUGAUCAUAAAACAGCAUGGUCUGUAAAAAUACUGUACAGGCUGCUGGCUAUAUUGACCCAUUAGCGUUAUAUGAUAGAAAAUGCCGACUCUCUCUCGAUAUCUUAUAAUAAACAUCCACAAUCUUUUCUCUCUUAUUAAUUUUUUUUUUUUUUAUGUAAUCUGAUUUGCUGCUCUGACCGUUACAUCCUCAAAGAAACUAUAUUGUUUUCAAACGGCCAUUGCAGCCCUAUUAAUCUCGUCCGCUUCCCCUAAUGCAUCUUGACAGUUAUCUGCGUAAUGAACCCUAAUGAAAUGACUGGUGGAACCUGCUUGCAAAUUCCACCGCUGCCGCCAAGAGAUCGCUUGUUGAAAUGUAAAGGCAGAUUGAGAAGUCUGCACAACCUUCACUCACGCUCAAGGUCAAGGAUAAAGCAUUUCUUCACUGGCGAUCAUCUCCCAGCGGGCUUGUUCGUGCUGCAUACAUUUCUGCACUGUUGGAAGUGUCUGCAGUGCAGUGUUUUGCAAGCUUUCCAGCCAAACAAUAGUUAAGGUUAUUUUGUUCAGUUAGCUUUUAAGCUUCAUAGUUUUGAGUUGUUAAAUUUUUUUUCCUUGCUUUAAAAACCGUGUUGCUCAGCACAGGAGCAAUUAUCAUAAAAUGUGUCUCAGGCAAUCAGAGCCUCUCAUUUUCCAAAAUUAGUGAACUACAACUCCCAAGAUGUUGUGCCAGCUGUCAUGAAAAUGUAGUGAGCAUUGGUUUGCAUGGGAACUUGGCAGAACGGUAUUAGAGAAUUCAGUGGAAAACGGUAGACAAGGAUGACGGUUUAAGCUAUGAGAUAACUUAGUGACAGGCUGCUGAUUUAAUCAGUUAAUAGUAAACUGUUUGCACAUUGAUCCAUUUAACGCUAUGCACAGAUUUUCUUUGCACUUUUGUAUAAAUUAUUAAUCUGUGAGGGGGUGGACAGGCACGGAAAUCUAAUAGCCAAGUAGCAUUAUAUGAUUCCGAGGCAGAAAAAGAAGUAUCAUCCCGUACGUUAAUUAUUUCUAAAGCCAGCCAGCCUGUCAAUUUUACCUGCGCAAUUGAAACAUUUUUAAUACAGUAUUUGCUCUUACAACUACUAACUAUGUUUGGAUAUGUGAUCUUCUGUGAGCAAAACUAAUGUCCUAUGCGAUUAUUGGUGUCAUUAUUUAGUAUGAUAGUGUCAACCUAUUCCUCAUCAUUCACCGGGGGAGACAAAGAUUAGAAUGUUAGGUGACUGGUAUUAACAUGGAAACAGACCUUGGAGAGAAUUCUAGACUUAAGAGUUUACAGUUUAGGGUCCUUGCUUUAACUGUGAAGAGUUUGUGUUUAACAUGGUAAUGAGGUCAGAGUGGCAGCUUUCAUUAUGAUUAGUAGUCAGCCACAAUAGUGCCUCUUCCAUCAUCACCCUAAGCACAUCUCAUCAGCACUUGAGCGGAUGGACAUAAUUAAUUAGCUUGGCAGAAUACUGGUGGCACAUCUGUCUUACUUUCUCAGUGUUCCCAAGGCUCAAGCAGUAGAGCGUAAUUUAAGCCCAAAAGGACCAGCUGCUCUGCUGUGAGCCAUUUUGACCUUAAGGGAGCUUGUGGAGUCUUCGUUUUAAUAGAGAUUCCCUUUGUAAAACUUCAGACUUCCAAUUGUAUCGUUAAUUGCGCUUUAAUGUUCCAGUGCUCUCUUAGCCUCUAGGUCUAGGGUAGACUGGAUUAAUUGCAGGUUCACAUGCCUUGUUCUGCAUACCGAUGCUUCAUAAAUUCUUUGUUUACGAGAUUAUACAACAUACGUCUGAUUUUCCUGUGGCUCCAGUAAAUGGCAUGAGCCCAAUAUUAAGUUGUCAGUUCUAGUUUGAGAGAUCUGGGCUCAUAUGUUUUCAGAAUCUCAAUUAAAAUUGUUACUUUUAUCUUUGUAGUAAAUGACGUAAGAGUUUGCAACCUUAGUGCUGAUCUAAAUGUCUGUCUUACUCUCUUACACAAAGAGUUAAAUGUCCACGUUAAGAUAACACUACCGUUUUGCUAAAUAUGAUUUCUAGUUUUCUGUGGCAUGAUACAUUAUUAAAACAGUGGCUGUCUACACUUGUAUCCUCCACUGUGUCACGAUCAGCCAGAAUGAUGCCAGUGACUUCGAUUUAGGUUCGAUCUAUACUUCCUCUGCAAUAGACAGUUUUGACUUGGACUAUCAUGUGAAGGGUGAAGAAUUGAAAGCAGAGAUCCUGUUUUUACAACUGUCAGAAGCUGCUACUUUAUUUAUCAAUCACCAACCACCUCCCAGCCUUUCCUGGCAUGCUUGAAAUGAAGACAGAAACUGCUUUCUGCCUGACACAGCUUAAUGCUUGCUGCACCGAGCGAUGAAAUUUUGUGGAAGUCACCCUCACUCAAACAUUAAAUUACCAGCUUGUACAUCUCUACUGGAAUGUUCAGUGUCUUGUCAUCAACAUCUCUGCCUGGAGAAUGGACAUGUUGAAAUGGUGCUUCAGUUCCUGUGGACGGCUCCACAUUUCUUUGGUGGCUAGAUUCUGCAGCUCCCAUUUUGCACAGAAAGCCUUAUUUGCUGACCCCAUAUUCCACGUUCUACUAUAGGAAAAUCAGCUUGUGGCUAAUAAUUGGAUGCUUGAUAAAGACAUGGCUACAAGUCGAAACGUUGCAGUGUCUAAUAAAUCUGCCUGAUUUAUCACAGUGAGUGCCUAAGAUUUUUUUCUUUAAUAAUUGGAUGUGGACACUAGCCCUAGGAAUCAAAAUACAUUAUUCUAGAUAACUAGUGGAAUACAGACCGUUCUUUCUUCACUUUCAUUAUCUCCUUAGAAUUUGGGAGUAAUAAAUAUGUGUCAAGACAUACAGAUCAAUACUAGUUUUGCUUGCAUGAACGCACAUGGUCCGCCUGUCUUAUCCUUAUUUCUCAGAUCAGUGGCUGUUACAUCACAUCACAUCUAAAUAAAACACGAUUUUGUUCAAUAACUCCUAAAGAAGUAUUUAAAUAUUGUUGGGCAUUCUUUUUAAUUUAUGCGUAACCUUUGAAUGGUCAGGUAUAUGUAAAAUAAAUAAUUAUCCUUUGUCUUCUGCCUUCGCUUAUUCCAUGACACACACCUGUUCCAGUUAAAACUCUCCCAGUCAAGGAGAAGAGAUAACUAUAAUUUAAUGGGCUGUGUCAGUGCUUUCACACAAAUGUCCCUGCUAAGCUGAAACAGAAUGCGAGAUCAGGAUGCUUGUAAAUAAAAUACAGCUAUAGCUGUGUAGGACUGAAGGGGAGAAUGCAUGCUCUGAAUGAUGCUGCUAUACUUAUUGAAUGAGGACAAGAGACCCAAGGUCACAUGGAGUGAAUGACAAGGUCACUCGAGGCCUGGGUGUGAUUAUUGUGUGAUCUGGAAACAAAAAGGGGUAUCAGAAUGUUAAGACAUAAAGAGUAGCUUCAAUGAACUCUAAACAUUCAUCUACGCAUAGUGUGAAAUAUUUUAAAUGUUCAACUUUAUAACAUUUUUCAUUGCAAAGCAGCGAUUACAAAUAAACGUGUAAUAUACUUGUUGCAGUUGGUGUAAAUGUUCAAUUAUGUAUGCAUAUACAUUUGCUUGGGAGGUAUAUUAGAGGUGCAGUACUUAGUAGUACACAGACACACAGCUGCACAACACAAACAAGCUAACCAGUUAAUAAAAUGUACAACAAACCCACCUACAGUGAAAGACACCAUAGAAAAUAAAGCACUAUAAAGCCUGUCUGCUGUGUUUUACUGCUUUGUUCUAGCUGUGUGAACAGCACAUAGAUUAAUAUACUGUAGGACUGGAACAGGAUUUCGUUGGCAGUUCACCUUCUAUAGACUACAAUUCUAAGCAUGCACACGUUUUAGGUGGCUGGGCAUUGUGGUUGCUGCAGUAUACAGCUGACAGGGUUUUCUUGUACUUCCUACAGUUAAUAAAAAUUAAGAAACAAAACAAACAAAAAGUCACACAUAACAAAUAGAGGAAUACAUAAUAUAUCAGAUUAUUUCUUUACAAAUAUUUCCUAAUAUCCUCUUCUCAUAGUAAAUAUAUAUCAGCUACCGUAACUGAACAAAUCCUUUCCUUGUUUCUCAUUCUACCAGUAAUCUCUAAUCUUUCUAAUCUUGUCCUUCCACUCUCUGUGCUACAUCUUUUUACUCUGUGGAUUAUUUAUUUGUAACAUGUUAUUUAUGAGUAUUCCAAAUAGUUAGUUAUACUCCCAUCUUUCUUUCUGAAUUUAUUGACCUUUUCUGUAGCCACAUACUGCUUCCUUUAGAAUGUAAGCUCAUUUGACUAUGCCCUCGUCAUCUCUGAUGAUCUAAAAUUACUUGUCACCAUUCAUUUAUAUGCUGUUCUUUGAGCAGUAUGAUUGCAUUUUAUUUUUUUAACUUUUUAUACUCAUUUAUGUUUUGUUAUACACAAUAGUGAAUAAUGCUGUUACUUGAUGUGUGAAUAUUUCUAUCUGCGGUUCUCGGAAUGUGUUAGUUUAAGCUUAGAUUUCACAUCACUUGUAAAGUACAAAUAAAUGACCGUGAUAGCAUCCACGCACAGACGGAUUGAAGCCCACCUGCCAGGAGUGGCACCUCUAUUUCCGAAAUGUCUCUUGCUGAUAACGUCAAGGAUUGAUUUUUGCAUUUUCCUGUGUCCUCCUUGAUGUAUAUUUCAACUGUCUGCCUCCCGUAUACCAUCUACAUUCAUGAUGGGUGGGAGGGGGGCUUAGCUCUGACCCAUCUUUCUCUUCAGACCUGCCAGCAUCUGCGUGCUUCGUUUUCCGCUUGACUGCCCCUGUGUUCAGAAGCAGCCUGGGCCUCGUCCCACAUACCAAUUACUGACUUUUGCUUUCUGCAGAUCCUGAUUCACUGUGGCACAUUUUCCCACGUGAAAGUGGACAGAGGCUUUUGGAAAGAUGCCCUCUAAAGAUCUGUGUGCAGUUGAGAAUAGGUCCAUUCGCUAUAGUGUUAGAUAUCACAUUUUUGGUGUGGUGUGGUGUGUGUGUGUGUUGAUGCUUUUACACUAAUGUUCCCACCUUAUCCAUACUCCCUUGGGGAUGAGCAAUACGCGUAUUGUUUUAUAGACUAAUUAAAGGUAAACAUCAUUAUUUUUAUGAAGAUGUUGUUCUUGUAAAAUAAUUCUUGCAUUAUGCCUAUGUGAUAAAACAAUGAGUGCAGAUUUUACUCUGUAAUAAACUGAUCUUUGACUCAAAUUACACGAGCAUUGUAAAGCAAUCUGAAGAUGCGUUACCAUCAGUUAAUGCGAAAGUCACAUCACUAACCGGCUUGAAAUAGCUCACUUUAUUUUUUUGUUUUUUUAUCUCUACAGGCCCCCCAUCAGCUCCUCAAAAUCUGAUUUCCAAUGUCAAUGAAACAUCAGUAAAUUUGGAAUGGAGUGCUCCCCAGAAUACAGGGGGAAGGAGCGAUGUCACCUACAAUGUGGUCUGCAAGCGAUGUGGUGCAGAUUUGACGCGCUGUCGGCUCUGCGGGAGUGGAAUCCACUACACCCCGCAGCAAAAUGACCUGCAAACAACCAAGGUGUCUAUCACUGACUUGCAGGCUCACACCAACUACACUUUCGAGAUCUGGGCUGUGAAUGGAGUAUCAAAGCACAACCCUAGCCAGGACCAAGCUGUAUCCGUUACCGUGACAACCAACCAAGCUGGUAAGAUUUUGGUAUUAAUGCACUUUUCCCAUCAAGCUGAAUAGUUUAAUGCAGAUUGAUAUUUUAACACUGGUGCUUGUCUGUCUUUAUAUGGACCAACAUAAAAAGAGAGUUUUCCACUAAACCAUGAGUUUGAAUUGAGAUAACUUCCUAAUUGUAGAAUUUAUUGCAAAAAAGCUAAACUGAGUAAAAAAGUACCCUUUAUUUUCAGUUUCACUGCUCACCAGGGUGAGUGUCUAGUGAAUCAUACUUGUAUCUCUUCUCCAGAUAAAAAAGAGUUAAUACUGCUUCCUUCUUCAGGCAAACAAAGGGUUAACAGUGCUGCACAAUUAGAACGUUAUAAUUAGCACAGUAUAUUGCCUUAAUGCUGACGAUCAGCACAAAAAAACUGCAUUACCUAUAGAAUACUCAAAGUUGGUUGGUAAAUGACUCCCUAGGCGUGUUAACACUUCCUCCACCCCAUCAUUUAAAGGGAGUCACUGUGUUGUUUGUCAAAGUGAAAUGUCUGACAGCGGUGUCACAAUGGGAAGGGACUGUCUUGAGGAACAAGAACAGCAAGGGACAGCAGCCCAGACCGUGUGAACGUUUAUGGCUUGCUUGAUUUUAAUAAGCCUAAUGCAUAGAGUGAUUUGAAUAUGCAAAAUAUGUCACUGAACGUUUAGUAUUUUUUUGUGUCUGAGGCCAGAGCCUUCACCCAUCAGGAGAUAGUUUUCUUUUUGCUUGUUAUUAUGACAGAUUUUCAAAGUCUGAAUUGUGUCUGUAUCUGACAGGCACUCAGCAGGGGAGAGAGAAAGGAAAAAGAAAUAUGUGACUAAAGAUUCGCCCCCACACACAUCCCAUGCUUUUUAUUCAGUAAUCAAUAAUCCACUACAAAUGCACAUUGUCCUAGCAUUGCAGGUAGUCUUACCAACGAGAGGCAUUGUUCUUUAUGCACUCAAACUCACACAACGCUCAGCCAAGACUUUGAGAUUUUCAGUUACUUUACAUGAGUAAACUUUUCAUGAGUUCUCGAUUGUUCAACACCAGUCCUACUAGGUUAGUGUUUUAUGUCAGUACUGAUACUCUACUAAUAAGUCAUACCAGUACUCUUUACUCAGCAAGUAUUGCACUAAUAUGCGAGUGUUUCAUAUCAGUGCUGUAAUCCAUCUACUGAUUCUUGGCACAGUAUUAUGCCUUUGCAGGGACCUGCCAGGUAGAUCUGCUAGUUGGUCUGUUUUAUUGUUUAAAAAUCCUACUGGCUUUAACCAUGAUUCAAGUGCAUUCAUGUCAAUACAUUGAGAGCAUACUGCUGGUUAACCCCUUAAGGACACAUGACAUGUGUGACAUGUCAUGAUUCCCUUUUAUUCCAGAAGUUUGGUCCUUAAGUACCACUAUAGGCACCCAGACCACUUCAGCUUAAUGAAGUGGUCUGGGUGCCAGGUCCACCUAGGAUUAACCCUUUCUGCUGUAAACAUAGCAGUUUCAGAGAAAUUGCUAUGUUUACUUUAGAGUUAAUCCAGCCUCUAGUGGCUCUCUCAUUGACAGCCACUAGAGGCGCAUCCGCGCUUCUCACUGUGAUUUUCACAGUGAGAAGAUGCCAGCGCCCAUAGGAAAGCAUUGAGAAUGCUUUCCUAUGAGACUGGCUGAAUGCCUAUGAGUCUCCAGCACCGAGGGAGCCCGGCGCUGGAAAAAGGUAAGUGUUUAACCCCUUCCUCUCCAUCCAGCCCGGCGGGAGUGGGACCCUGAGGGUGGGGGCACCCUCAGGGCACUAUAGUUCCAGGAAAAUGAGUAUGUUUUCCUGGCACUAUAAUGGUCCUUUAAAGUCAGGGUUAGGUUACAAUUCAAGUCUGCAGCCAUACUCUGCUAGUGGAUCGCAGACACUGAGUUGCAAUGCUAACUGACCUGAUGCCAACAUACCAUGGUAGUGGCGGGCCCCUGAUACUGUCAUGCAAUGCUUAUGAACAGCUGACGCCAACACUUUUUAGUAGCAGGCUGCGGAUACGGUCAUGUAAUGCAAGCAGAGUACUGUCAUUUAACUGUAGUAGAACACCGGGAGUGGAACUGCAGAACCAGCAAAAUACUGUCCUGUUUAAAGGCCCAUAGGAUUCUGGGUGAAUUAGUAAGCGCCACUCUCAAGACUUAUAUUAACUAAAGUGAGAAUUCAAAGUGAAUUUCAAUUUCAAGGCCAGAACGGAAAGCAUUGCUGACUUCGAGAAUAUUUCCAGUUCCGCUAUUUCAAACUUAAAUAUGAAAUUCACUGUCACCUCUCAUUUCAGUGAAUAGCCCUGUUAUAAUAUUGCAGGGCCAAGCCUUCAAAAGUCAGAUAACAGUGCUUCCAAACAGUUAAUUUCCCAUAAUGUGGCUUUGUGCACAUAAAAUGUCUUUGACAGUAAAGGGAGGAGGUGUGCGCAAAUAACCAAACAAAAAAAAGCGUAUCUCAAUCACAAUCCAUCACCCGUGCAGUUUAAGAAAGAAAACCAGAUGGGGGCUGAAAAUAAGGCAGUCUCUGUUGGUCCUGCGUUCCCUUGGCUUUGCAAGGGGGAGGUCACUGUGCUCAUUGAAGGCAUUUCUUUUUCAUAUUUUUUUUUUUUUUUUUUAAAGGAAUCACCAACUCUGCUUUGCCAAUAGACAUAAACAAAACACAGUUGGGAUCAGUUUCUCAAAUGAGUCACCCCUUGCUCUCCCCUCACUCCCCCCAUCACAUCUCAGCUAGCUGGACACAGGAUACACCAAUUAGCACAGAAAGUGUGUAAAUAAAUUGAACAAGCCUUUUCCCUUUAGAGAGGCGACAGAUAGUUUUAAGCAGCUGUUGGCUGUUCAAAGUAACUCUGCUUUGGCACUCUGACCAUAACAUUGAGUUUCAGCCUUACUGAUCAUGGGUCUGGUUUGCUAAAAAAAAAAGUUGUGAGUUGGCAGAAUUGACUUGCAGAAUUAAGGCAGCUGGGGAGAACCCCCCUCCAAGUCACUUGCCAACUCAGCUGCUUAGUGAAUGGACUCCAACAUCUUUUUUUUUUUUUAGCUCUUUAUUUUUAUGCUGUGAAGUUUCAGCUGUUUACGCUGUAUUCUAGAUGGCUGAAUAAUAAAUAUUAGUUGGAAUAAAACGCAUUGAGCGUUGAAUAAAUGGACCUGCUCCACUUUGUACCAUUGGUGUGCUCAUUUGUUGAUGGUAACUCUGUGCCAGAACGUAUCAUUCUGUCUGGGUGGUGCUCUCUGCCCCAAAGGCUAAACUGUCCACGAAAUUCAUUAUUUACCUACACCCUGGUGUUUUGGGUUGUGAACUUAGAAACACAUCUUUUGUUGUUUUUCACAGAGCAGCAAAUGAUCUACUCUUGUAAAUAUUGUUUUAAUUAUACAAAACAGCAGAACGUACUAAAGGAAAUUUGCAAAUGUUAUGUUGUAGCUUUAAGUUAGGUCUGUCCUCAGUUGUGUGUGUAAUAGUGAAUUAUUUAUCCAUAAGAGAGUCUACUUUCUCAAUUAAUCAUUAAUGGUGUGUGAAAGUAAAAUAAAUGACAAACAGGUCAACAAAUUAGGCAGAUAGUUGGAGAUAGGAGAUGGUCUUUCAACCUUUCAUUCCUGGGGAGGAGUGUUGCUUUAUCCGAAUCUGCAGCAAUCUGUGUCCUAGAUUUUAAUGAGUGUAAUGAGCAAAGCAGAUCUUUUAUCUGCCACAGCUCUUUGACUUAUUCAUUAAUGUUCAAACACUUGUUAUUGAAUUUAGUACAUGCAUGGUUGAAUGAUUUUUUUUAAUUUUUGUUUUUUUAAUGCUGUGGCGAGAGUUUGGUUGAAUAAGGCAAGUCUGUGUUCACCAGUGAAAUGACUCAGUUUUGUUUGCUAAACUUUGAAUGUUGGUGAGCUUAGUAUUGAUAUAAUUUAAAGCAAAACACCACGGACAGAAAAAAGGAUUUCUGACUCCACAAAGAUGUCUACAGUUUUUUGUUUUUUUCUUCUUCAAAAUCUGCUAUCUUGAAUUUUCCUCGUUGAUUGCCAUUUCAACAGAACACUGGUAUUCAAUUACCAUAGACACUUGUCAUGACAGUGAAUUUGCAGAGACUGAAUUGUGUAAGUUAGUUUACUAUCACAAGAGCCCAGGCAGAGAAUGUCUUUGCCAGUAAAGCCAUUGGAUUAAUGGAUGCCCUGGAAAGAUUCAGGCAUAAUGAAGACUUCUUAUGUUGAUAUAAAUGAUUCCAGACUCCUCCACACUUUUUGAAGAAGGAUAGAUAAGGGAUAAGUCACUCACUCUCUGCUUUUGAUCCAGAACAAGGUCCAUCUUUAUGUUCGCAAUCGAUCAUGGAGUUUUAUUUUGUUUUUUGUAUUUUAAACACUUUAAUACAGGAGGUGGUACUUGGCUAAAUUGCACAUGUAAGGUCUGCUAAUGUUACCUGCUCUGGGAUCACUUGAGUGAAAGCAUAGUAUUGAAUAGCAGGACUUUGGACCCCCCAGUGACAAUAAGUCUCUGGCCCUGCAGCAGCUGUCCUACAUAUUCUUUUUAUAUAUGUUCCAGUAGGAAGCCUGUGGAGUACCCCAUCUGAUUUUGGAAAUACCGCAAAUUCCCACACUCUUCUGUGUUACAGAAUCUAUGAAAAAAAGCUCAGUGGGGGAGAUUCAAAAUGUUCUGUUCUAAAAAGUGGUGCAAAAAAUGGUAAAUGGGAGGAGUUGCCAAUGGAAUGUGCCUGCUAGUUCCGAUGAUUUCCAUGGUGAUUGUUUCAUUAUUUUCAGUACUUUAGACAGACUGUCCCUUUAAUUGUUGUUGCUUAGAAAAUUACAUCCUGUCUUUUUAAUGCAUUUCUUUCUGCAUUAUGUUUUUCUUUAAGUAGCCCACAUAGGCAAAUGUUAAGAUGAUGCUCACUGUAGUGUUACAUCAAAUAUAAUUGUCCAUUUAGUUCAAUUAAAUGCUUCCAAAGGGAAGUGCGAAACCUAGCCAACGGGCAGAGCCAUUAUAAUGUUAGUGAUACACAAUCAUUUCACGUCUUAUCUCGGAAACUUCCCAGGAACACAUCAGAUAUUUGAAAUGAUAACCCAUAUCAAAAUAAGCUAAAAUGUGUCAGCCCUUUGAGCUAGUGUUGUGAUUUGGGCUUACCUCUGGCAUUGAAAGGAUCAAGGUAAAUAGUAAAGUUAGUCUGCUGAACAAUAUAGUAACACAGUGAGCACCACCCUAUUUUUAGGCUUACCCACCGUAUUUGCCUACCUACGCAGUAUGUGAUUCCAAGAAGUGCAGCAAAUGUGUAGAAAUGAAAAUUCUCAUUGUCCUGUGGAACCCUCUGUUUAGAUAUAAAUAUGGUUAUACAGCGGUAUGAUAAUAGAUCCUCUUUAACAUGUCUGUCUUGGAUGAAAGAAGGGGAGAAUAGCAUUGCAUUCUAAUAUUGACAUGAUACUAAGGAGUGAGGAGGAAAACAUAUUUCAGGGAUAGAGAUAAGUUUAGACAGACGCUCCUGCUAAAACUCUUAGGAAGACAUAUCGUGGCAUAUGAAUAAAUACUGUUUUAGGAAAUUGAGUGUAUUUUAAAUUAAAAUAGCUUUAGUUUUCAUAUACAGUAAGUAUGAUUGCUAAGACCAGACAGUUGAUAACAAGCCGACUUUACAAAUUCUAGGUCAUCAUUCUAUUUAGUGCAAAGAAAAAUAAAGUGGCCUGUAGUUAGCUGCUUUGGAUCAAGUCAUAUUCUUGUUUUCUUAAUAGCUCUGGUUCAUAUUGGCAUUAGGAAACCUAAGAGUUUUUGAAGCCUACCUCUCAUAUCAUCCUAAAUUCUUCAUUAUGUAAACAGUAAAUGUUUUGUGGUUACAUAUUUCAUUAUUUACAUUGAAAAAUAAUACUUCUUGCUGCUGUGAACUUUAACUACCAAAAUGCAAAGCCAACAAGUAGAAAGGACAUUUAAUGCUGAGAAUUUCAAGACAUCAGUCAUGCAAAAAACUUGAAUAUAAGUCCAAGUUCGGCUAAGUAUUAUUUAGGAUGAAGUUUGACACCAGCUUGGAGUGCCAGAGGCGGCCUCUGGUGACAGCAGGAGUUACAGUGACCUUACACUCUUGUUAAUUCUGUUGCUUAACCAGCCUGUAGCAUUUUCUUUCUCCUAAUACUCAUUGCUUCGGCUGCCACUUGAGUUUCUUCUUCCCUUCCAUCCCAGGAGACUGUCUGUUCUUUGGAUGCUAUAUGAUUGAUUGGGGAAGCAGAGGGCAUACAGAACUGAUGUUUAAGAAAUGUUAAGAAAUCAGGAGGACAGAAGACUAAUCAAACACACAGGCAGGGAUUGUGUUUUAACAAGAUGAUGGAUUGCACUUGUGUGUGUUUUCCUGUCUUGCUCCUUAAAACACUCUCAUUAAAAACAUUUUUUUCAAGUGCUGGACAGCAAUGUGUUACUAUUUACUUGUCAUUGGGUCAGCAGUCACUCUUGCAAACCUGUAAAUCCAUUUAGUGUUAAUUACAAUCUGUAGAUUGCAUUAUGUGGUAGUCUAUGCACUAAGGUGUUUUGUUAAAUUGAUUCAUCAGAUAUGAAAAUGCUGGUUUUAAGCCCUUUUAGAGCUAGAACCAUUUUUGUGUUGAUUAAACAUCAUAGAAAAUGAAAUCCCUUUAGAUAAUACGACGUUGACUCCCAGUUUGUUGAAAAUUCCUUGUACAAACUUGCUUGCUGUUUUGACCUUCUUUUUGUUUAGUGUUGCUUUUUUUAUACCUAUCUUUAAUCCCCAAAACAUCAGAUAACAAGGAACCCUGUUGCUUUAACGAUUCUCCUAAUAUGUCUAUUACUUUGUUCAGAGCUUUAGUUUUACAUUUAUUUUUGAUGUGUCACUUUUUAAAAAGCAAUUUUUUUUUUUUAAAUUUGAAGACCUUCUUAGUUGGCACCAUUUGCAAUAAACAUUUCUGCAGAACAAAAAUAAUUGCUGGAGCACAGUUUGUAGUCAAAAUCAGUACAGAUUUAAAAUUUCUUAUUGUUGACAUUUGUAAAAAUGAUAUAUAAUAAAACAAAUCCAACGAUUUGUUAUAACACUGUCAACAUAGUGUUAUAAUAAUGAUAUAAAUAUAUAUAUAUUCCUAUUAUUACACAGUGCUUAAAGGGUUAAUUGAAUUGUAACACUUCAAAGAGAUAAAAAAAAAUUCUGGCUAUUUGUUGGAGUUCUGAUAAACAAAGCAGAUGAGAAGUGACUAUGCAAACAGCAUGGCAGGAAUGUGGAGGGCAGAAUGCAGGUAAGCUUUCUGUGAAAUGGAGAGUGAAGGUGCUUGGGAGAGGAUUAUUCUACCAGGAACAGACAUGUAGACACAUUAGCAAACACAACAGAUCCACAGAAAGGUGGCUCCUGAUAGCUGCAGUUCUGUGUAUUGUUAGACAUUUGACAAUGAAUAGGCCUUUGCAUUGCAAUACACGCUAUUCACCUGAAUUAAAAUACAUGCUCCAAUAAAGACUGGUAUUUUCCAUGUACCAAACAGUGUAGUCUAGGGUUUGAAACAAAGUAGUGUGAUCUAGUUUUACAAUAAAGAACUCCAAUGACUACUUACAGUGAGUGAAAAGCCUUUUUUUGUUGUUUGUGAUGAAGAAGAUGGUUGUUUACACCCAGGGCUAAGCAAAUUUGUGGCUUGAGGUUAGUCAAUAUGUUAAAUGUGGUCUGAAUGCCUCCUGGUUUUACACUUCCAGUAAUGAGACAGACUUACUUGCCCCUCAUGCACUCAAAGAGUUACAGAUAGCUGAACCUGUGUUCCGAAGAACAUAUGCCAUUGAUACAAGUAACCCAGCGGAAGUUCCAAAGACUAACUGAUUUGUCAUGUUUUGGCAUUAUUGAUCAAACAUGUCAGGUGUGGAAAGUUGUUUAGUUUGAAGGAGUUGGCCAUUGCGCGGUUUGGUUAGCCAGGUCAGGUUACAGGCCUGUACACAAAGAGUCGUUUCUCCUGAAUAGCCUGGAGACCUGGAUACAAUAAUUGCAGCUGUUUACUUAGUCCUUAGCAUCCCAAUUCUUCAUGUGAGACAGAUUUUAGUGCGAGGCUCUGGACUGUUCUGCUGAACUGCAAUUUGUGCUCAGGAAACACUUUUUUUAUAACACCUGGGAGGAGGGGAAAAGUGAUAUUAGAGCAGGUUCUGUAUGCCAGAAGGGAUACCAGUAACUGUAAGAGUACCAGUAAAAUUAGUGCUAGGUGUUUAAUAGUCUUGCUUGGAGGAAGUGAACAUCAGAGCUAAAUGUGAAGACAUAUUGAGACAGCUUCACAUCUUAGCUUUGAACUAAUUGCCUUUUAUACCAUGUGUCACCCCAAGCUUGAAGACCGGUAUCUUUACUGCAUCUUUACUGCAGCCCUAAUAAAAAAAAAACACAAAAGCUGAGCAAUUCCAGUCCAGUUUCUAGAACCAUCAACAUACCAGACUUUUGUUACUUUCAAAUCCAUUUUAGCUGCAUCUGGAAAUUAGGUUUAAGAUAAAGCAUUUUGAAGCAUGUUCUCUGGUAGGUGAUUCUCCUUUAGUAACAAAGUGUUACUGGGUAAAAGGUCAAAUUAACACUUUAUUCUCAUAUCUGCGUUAAAAGCUUGUGCUUUAACAUUUUGGCUUUCAAAGGGGUUCUGUCCACGCAGACAGAUGGGAUGUUUAUGGGGGAGGUGGAGGGUAGCUUUCUUUUUUCACACAUUCAUAAUGAGCUUGGGUAAAAACUUGUGGCAUGUUAGUACAUUUCCCUAAAUCUUUUUCUGGGGUAUUUACUAACAGGUGAUAAGUGGGAACGACUUAUCUCCAGUGAAACCUCGUACAGAAAGUCCUCAUCACUUGCAUCAGGUUAGUUCUCUGGAAAAUAAAUUGUGAGUUGAAUUGAUGUAAGACAUGUUUGCUCACACUACAUUUAUAAAUGAGCAGCAAUACAAAGUACAUUAAGCAGUGCAAUAUUUUCUAGAGUAUUGUUAUGUAGAUGGUAAACAUGCUAUGGAGUACUACUGUAAUUGAACAAGUGGGCUCUAUUACAUUGAACAUUCUCAGAGUAUAUGAAGAGGAUAAAAAUAUGAUGUAAGUCUGUGUCUGUCACCAUGUGUCUUAAAGGAGCACUGUAGGGUCUGGAACACAACCAUGUAUUCCUGACCCUGUAGUGCAAAACCCACCAUUUAGGUGGCUAGCCCCCUUAAAAGCAAUUAAAAUUCACCUUAUUUCCAGCGCUGCACGGGACCGCUGUCACUGGCCCCGCCCUCUUGGUGACAUCAUCAGAGUUGCUGAUUUUUAGCCAAUUCAAUGCUUUCCCAUUGGCUAAAAUUGGCAAAGGGGCGGGGCCAAACAUUGUUUUGGCCAAUCAGCACCUCCUCAUAGAGAUGCAUUGAAUCGAUGCAUCUCUAUGAGGAAAAUUCAGCAUCCCCAUGCAGAGUGUGGAGACGCUGAACUGCAAUGCUGCCUACUGUGCAGCAUUGCCCCAGGAAGCACCUCCAGUGUCCAUCUGAGGAGUGGCCACUUGGAGUUGCCCCUAGGGGCAAUGGGAACACUGCCUUUUCUCUGAAAAGGCAGUGUUUGCAUUAAAAUGCCUGAAGGCAAUGAUUAUACUCACCAGAACACAUACAUUAAGCUGUAGUUGUUCUAGUGAACAUAGUGUCCCUAUAUUCCUUGGCAAAGGGGUUCUUCAAAACCAGAUACAUUUCAGACGUGAAUUGCAUUUGGUAGGAAAUAUGAAUAUUUAUUUAUUUUGCAUUCAUUACAUUUGAGUUAUUGCCUGUGCAUACAUUAGAAUCUACAGAAAAUAUUCCUGUUGAUCUGAUUAUAUCUGCUUCUUGGAUCUCCCAAGAGAUUACAUUUUUAGAAAGUGGUGUUCUUCAGAAUAAUUUUUUUUAUUGCUAACCCUAUUCCAUUUGAGAUCAGAUAUAUUUUGUCCUCUAGGUUAAAAUAAAUAUUAGUAGGAUAUUUCCGGGGAUAAGUCAAUGAGUGCAGGAUUUUAAGGAAAGUGCUGUGUACCAUUCCAUUGGUAGACAAAGAAACCAUAUCUUUAUAAUACGUCCUGUCAUCAAGGUCUAUCAUUUUGUGACAAUGCCACAGAAUUGUUACCCUCCCAAUAGGUCCCUUGCUUAAUGUACAUUGAUUUGUUUUUGUUUUAUUAUUAUUAUUUUUCAUAGAACUGGAAUUAAACAGGAUUGUCAUUUUACUGAUGAAUCAGCAACUCAGCCCUGUCACAUGGAUGAAAAAGACCUGCCCUUGUCCCAUGUCCUUUAUUAAAUUCUUAACAGUUCACUGAAAAAGCACAUUUUUAUAGGUUAAAUUGAUGUCACUCGGUAGUCUUCGUGGGGUGUUGCCUUUUAUAUGGAUGAUGUUUUGUAGAGGUGCAUAUAAAAAAACCGAGGCUAGUACUUCCUUAAUAUCACAAGCACAUGACAAUGGAUGACUCCUUAAAAAAAGAAAACUAGGCAGUAUUGUUUUCUGAUGACUUAUUCUCAACUGUUGUUUUGUCAAAAAAAAUAAUCUGUGUGUUAUAUGAAUUUGACUAUUUUAACAAUCAUUCUAAACAGACUAAUGAAGGGGGCUAUUUUACUGAGAAGUGAAUUCAUUUUACUUCUGUGAAAUUACUAUUAUUAAAAAGACCCACUCAAUGGCUUGAUAAAUAGCUCUAAAGUAUAUAUAUAUAUAUCAUAUACAGUAGUCUUCAACCUUUUAUUGUGUAAAUCAUCAACUUGAAUAACUACUUACAAUGAAUCUUUCCAAUUCAUUACAAUUGGAUUGUAUCAUGGUCAAUGACCACGUGAUCUUAUCAAUGCCUCAGGAGUCUUUUGUUAACUAGGCCUCAGAGUCUAACUUAUUGGAAGUGUAGGUCAAUCAGUUUAUAAUAAAGAAGGGAUAUGUAAAUACAUCAUUGUAGAAAUAUAAAGACCUUUUUGAUUGGUUACAUUGUGUAAUCUAGGACGAGGCUUGCCAAGGAGUAUGUUAUAAUGUAAGAAUGUUGAUUAUGUAUUCAUUUGUGUUCGUUUACCUGAUGUUGAGCUUUAAAACCCAUUAUUCUCUAUCAGCCUGAGGUCAUGGUGUCCUUAAAAUAACUACCCCCGCUAAAUGACUUAAAGACCUACCCCACUUGGAAAUGAAUGUACUUUGACAUAUAUUUCAGGAUCAGCUAAUCCUGGGAAUAUACAAUAGUAAGAGACUGGUAGGAUGCAUAAAAGUAAGACACUGUUAAUUUGACUUUGGUCAUUGCUAUGUAAAGUGGUCUUAAAGCAGCUGUUUCUUUUUCAGCCCCAUCAACUGUGACUCAGAUCCAGCCCAAAGAGAUAACCAGACACAGUGUGUCAUUAACGUGGCCAGAACCAGAACGAGCCAACGGGGUUAUUCUGGAAUACGAAGUCAAGUACUAUGAAAAGGUAAUCAGCUUCAUAGCCAAUGCUUAGUCUACCUCUGGACUUUAAUGUGGCAUAACCAUGACAAAUAAUAUUGUUAUUAUUUAUAAGGACCACCAUAUUUCUCAGCACUGUACCAUAUGUUUAAAGCUGUUAUUUAAAUCAGACCUUUUCGCAAUGGCUGUAAUGAGCCAGAGUUUAAGAUUAUCUCUUUUGUAUAUUGUUGAGAAAUAUUGAUCUAAAAUGCAUGGAUGUCUCUGGCUCUUGUUUACAAUGUGCUAAAACAACCUUGUUGAAAGUUAUAUGGCACACUAGUGUAGCGUAAAAAAAUUAAUUGAAUUUCUAUUUCUCCAAACAGGAUCAAAAUGAGCGCAGCUAUCGCAUUGUAAAGACCGCCUCUCGUAGCGCAGAUAUCAAGGGUCUUAAUCCUCUCACGGCCUACGUCUUUCACGUGCGUGCUCGUACUGCUGCAGGAUACGGCGAUUUCAGUGGGCCUUUUGAGUUCACCACAAAUACAGGUAAGGCUCCUUAGGCAUAAUGUAAGUGACCUUGAGGGUUCUCAAUGGUAUAAAGAGGCAAUUUAAUUCCGCUAUCCUGGAACUACAACGCUCAUGAUGCCUGGAGAGAUAAAUAUAUGUGCAUGAUGGAAAAUGUAGUUUAAAAAUGAGUGGAGAGGGCAGGUGAUGACAUUUCCCGAUCAGAACAGUGCCGCUUGUUCACUGUGCUAUGCUAUGCAGCUUUUAGCUUUUAUUUGUAGAGCUGAAAUCAUUCAAAUGUAAUUUUAUCUUUCCUAUUUUUAGUUCCUUCGCCCAUGAUUGGAGAGGGCGCCAACCCUACUGUUCUUCUGGUCUCAGUGGCGGGCAGCAUUGUCCUUGUGGUCAUUCUCAUCGCAGCCUUUGUCAUCAGCAGAAGGUAUGGGGCAGCCUGCCGAGCGUCAGUCUUUAUCAAAUCCCACUCCUGCUAGAAUGAAACCUUUUAAAAUUAUUUAUAUGCUGUUCUUGUGAAAGAGAGAAAAAUAUAUGUAUAUGCCAACGAAGUAUAUGAAAUAGAUAUCAGAAAAGGCCCAACAGUUACUUGUUAGCCCUCUGUUCUUCUGAUUUUUGUUGUAGGUUUUAAUUCAUUCUCUGGCACCUAACACAUACAGUUAAAUAGUAUGUUGCUAAAAGAAAUACUAAAAGGGGUACUUAUAUUAGAUCAGGACUCCCGCACUCAAGGGGUUAAGGCUUAUUUUUCCGUUAGAAAUAAAUUGCUAUUUUUAUUAUGGUAUUACAAAUAAUUUGUAGCUGAUCCAUUGUUAAAUUCAGAGUGAAGCCCAAUUAAAUCUUGCAAAUAAAAGGAGAAAAAUAAGAUAAUUACAGAUUUAGUGACUACAUCUUAAUAUUGUAGUCUGCUUCCCAAACUGGUUAAACAAGAAGACGACUUCUUUCUCAUCACGUAUGUGUGUGUGCGUGCAUACACAUUGAGGUGGCAUUAUUUUACCCUCUUUCAGCUUUCCCUGUUGUGUAUUUUUUUUUGUACAAUAUAUUUUUUAAGUUAUGGAUAGUGUAGCGUAGGGUUUGAUGUGCAUUGCAGGGGUUACUGUUUAGUGAUAGGACUAAGUAGUGUAGAAGUUAAUGUUUAGUGUUGGUUUAGUGUCUGGGUUAAGUUAAUCUAAGGGUUUAUGUAACGUCUACUAAUGUAACCUUUCCUUAACCACUACCCUUAUCCUCUACACUGCACAUUAGCCUCUACAUUACCCUAACUCACUAUACUAUUGCUAAAUAGAUACAUAUUAGCACUACACUGCCUCAACACACAACUCUACACAUUAACCCCUGCAUUGCCCUAACAAACUACACUCUCAAUUAUAUAUUAACCACUAUACUACACCAUCACUUAACCUCCUUCACUAUCCUAACAUUCUCACUGUGUUAAUCCAUAUGUUACACUAAAAUUAGCCUUAAACUUAAAAUAUCAUAUAGUAUAAAAUAUAAAAAUUGUAAGUGUGUAUUGGGGGAAAAUAAUGACACCACAAGGUUCUGGAGACAAAUGGAAAUCCCUCCGACUUUAAUCUUCCGUCUUGUGGUUUAAGAUGAAUUCUGCAGAACCCCUUCUCAGCCUUAUUUUUCUGAUAACACACUGUUCACCCCUAUGUCUCCUAUAUGCAUUUUAAUGAAGCUUGACUAACUUUUUUUUUUGGAAGAGGAAGGUAACAGUUUUGUGAGAUCAGCAAUACCAGCUAUUUUUAAGUUGCAUAGAAUUUCUUUUUAGGCUUUUGUAGCAGUCCCCCUCCACCUUCCUCUCCUGGGGUGGAGUUUGCUAACCUGAAACAAAGCUGCAUUCUCUGAUUAGCAUCUAAACAUAGUCUCCACAUUACAAGCCCUACUAAGAGCUUUGAUCUCCCCAGCAGGAGUACAACAGCAGCCUGCCUUAUCAUCAUGAAGCCUGCAGCAGGAGUCCCACUUCAGAUGGAAAAUGAAUUCCGCUAAUUCCUGGGGUCCUUUUUAUGUUGUGUGGAGCUAUCAUUAGCCUCAAUACACACUGCUAAACUAGCACAUAGGCGUAUUCCCCCCUUAUAGUCUAUGGCAAGGAAGUGGAACUCAUCUCAACAUUUUAUUUAAGGAUUAUUAUUAUUAUUACUUUGAAAUUUACGUAAACAUAUUUGGACAGCUUUGCUUUGGCCAUGAUUUUUAUUUUAUUUAUUAUAUUAUUCAAAUUUGCCAACAUAUUAUGCAGCAGCUCUUUAUGAUGCCUUUUGAUUGGUUCCCAGCUUACUUCCAAAUUCCAAAGGAUUCUGAUCUUUAUUCGUCUUUUAAUACAGAAUGUGCCUGUAUUCUUGGAUUAUAUAACGAAUUGACUUGCGUCCUCACAAUUAAUAUAUAGCAAAAUACAGUAUUAGGUUCAUUUUCAAGUCCCUUUAUACAGAGAAUGACAUCCAUUAAUUGACUAAAAAUGAACAUUUCAACGGUUAUGUGUGAAUUAGUGUCUGCGUAAGUCAAGUAAUCAUACUGUACCUUGGUGUCUAAUUGGCCCUUAAGCUAAGGCUCAACCAUAAGGCGUGCAGAGAAUUCUGGGAUAUGUAGUCCAGCAACAGUUUAGAAUGCCGAGAUUGCUCAGCCAUGCACUAAGCUCAUCCGAUUUGUAUGUCAUAAAUGCCAGCUUUACAGUCGAGGGAAUAUAUUAACAUUUUGUAAGCUAUUUAAUAAAUUAUUACAAAAUGGUUUUUUUUAAAAAUAAUUUUGGGUGAAAAAAAAAAGCUAAUUCAAACAAUGCUAGCUUCCUGUCUCUUGGUAUUUGUUCACUUCACAAAUUGUAUUGUAGAGAAGUCUGUGGAUAUUUUUAUCCAUACAAUGCUCACCAUGUAAACAACACGUUUACAAAAGACACCAUCCAAGGAACUACAAUAAGUGUGAACCAAAACAAUAGCAGAGGAAGUCCCAAUAUAACAGUGCGUACUAAACGUAUUGAAAUUUUUUUUUACAUUUCUAACGAGACGGUACAUCCUGACUUUACCCUUGUUAUCUCCACAUUUUAUUUUUUAAAACUAAAAUUGAAUACAAAGGUUGCAAUUUACAUAGCAGUUCAUUAAUUUACAAUUACUAGGCAACCAAAUAUUAAUCCAACAUAGAUGAUUUAAAAAGAAAAAGAAAAAUCUCCUCUCCUUUAGUUUACUGAAUUGGCUAUUGUGGCCUAAAUUUUGGUUAUCAACUCACCAGAAUUCAUAGCCAUGUCAUAAACUGCUAUAUUAUCUAGGAUGCGGCCAUCUUUGAUGCUCCUGCUGAGUACAUCUUUAGUUCUCUGUAGCUCAGCCAGCAAAACGUCUCGGCCACAGGUAUUACAAAGUUAAAUUAGCGAAACCUUAUUUGCCAUAGUAUUUGUGCUUAUUCCUUACGUUUGGCUCUGACCAUAUAAUCCGUAUUGGAUUACAGGAAGUAGCCUGCUGAGCAUUAUAUAGGAGCUUUGUGUUGGUGACACUUUAUAUCUGUUUAACAGUAGGCCUGCACAUAGCGGAAACGUGUCCAUUAUUGUAACAGGCAUCUACGAUCAUGAUCCUUCGUUAACAACAAAAGUGAGGGCUGGCUUAGGUCGAUGGAAAGCAGGCAGUGAUUGGUCCUCGAUGGAUCACUUUAGUGGAAAAUGAAACAUCGACCCUUUGGACUUUCAUUGAUUCUCUUUUAGUGUCAGCCGUAAAGCUGUCAUCGGGAACAUAGCCAAGAGCUGGGGAGAUGACAUGCCCAUAGCUCCUAAUGCGAAUUCAAACUGUCCUUCCUCUUUAGGUCAGCACACGGAACAAUGCGUUAAGAUGUAUAAAUAAAGACAAUUUUGCUAACGGUGAGCGUGAGAUCCCUUGGACAGAUUUUUUUUUUUUCUGUGCCUCAUGUGUAACGGUAUCGGAAAGGGUUUGUAGAAACGUAAGAACUGAAGUGUGAAAUCAGAAAUACCAACUUUGUAUUGUGAUUUCAACAUGGCGUAUAAUUUCAGAGCUUUAAAGGGUUUGCAGUCUGCAAGGCUUAUUUUGUGACCAGUUAAUAUAGAAAUAGUUGUCCCCCACCUGCCCACUGGACAUGAAAAGAAAAUAUUAGUUUGCAGGUUACACGAACGGGGGUUAUUCACUGAAGUAUGGCUUGUUAUGCAUUCUACAUAUUUUUUUUUUUUUUGCUUAAAAUAGCUGAAAUGAGAAGAAAAUCUCCAAGUCAGCUAUGUUUUACACUGUGAAUAUUUUAACUUAAAAUUUGAAAGUCACUUUGAAUUCUUUACGAUCCGCACUUUAGGGAGUAACCUUAAUUGAGCCCACCUUAAUUUCGAGACUGCUACAUUCUGUCUUUUUCUCACUCCUCAAAGUGUAAUAUAUCUUUCAAAAAUAUAUGGUGAUUAUAUUGUCAUCAUGGUUCCAGCUUUUUAACCCUUUUUAGACUUUUAAGUAAGACUAGAAUCAGUCGGUGGAGUAUCUACUGCAUGCCCUUUAUUUGUUUUUUGGUUUUUUUCUUCUUCUAUCCCUAGCACUGUGCCCAUACCCAUCAUGAUAGCAGUAAAUAUUUCUCUGCCUACAUUUUAACCUGUUAAAUAAGUGCACUUUCAACACACCCUUUUGGUAACCACGGGGUUAAUGAGGUUAUGCAAGCUGCGCACAGAAGGAAAGGCAGAUGGCGUCUCUGUCAUUUGCAGCAGAUUGUCUCCUGUACACUCUCUUACUUCCAAUGCUGUUUUCUAGAAGGUGGUUUUGGAAGCAUUUUCUAGUUAGCAGACUGAUAUUAUAGAAGUGAGUGAGUUCUGUUUUCCUUUUUUUUUUUGUUAAAAAAACAAUAUAGAUUCCGUAACUUUUUUUUUGCAUAACACUUUUAAUGAAAUAAUGUAAUAUUCCUCAGCAUUCCAUGUUGAUACCAUAGUCUGGCUGACUGGUAUGCAGUUUAAUGGGCUGAUGAUCAACUCUCCCCCCCCCCCCAAAAAAACAAUUAACGUAAAUGUAAAAAUAAAAUUCAUGUACGGGAAUUUGCUUACAUGUUGUAAUAACAGUGUAAGCACCUGUUUGUAUUUUAAAUCUGAUUUGCUUGGGUUGCAGUUUAGUUUUACAUGAGAUCAUAUCAGAACAUUUAGUGUUGUUUUUAACCCUGUGCCAGCCAAGCGUUAAUCCCACCUACUCCAUUUAUUUAAAUGCAGUGAUUCACCUCAUGUUCAAGACUUUGUUUUUUACAAAACAUCCCUGGAAGGACUUCAGCUGGGUAUCGGAUUUUGUAUUUAUUUUGGGUCCAGGCUGGCUUCAGCAGAUGUCAGAGGUUACAAAAAAUACCCGAUCAAAGCUGACCUAUCUGACCAGUGCACCUUGAGUCUUUGUGUCUAUAUAUAUAUAAUAUUCACUUGGCUGGUAUCUCACAAUAUGCACACAUAACAUGCCUUUGUUUACAGUGAAAUCCCAUGGGAAAAAUGUUCCUUUUGUGUGACCCUGACACCUGAGGAAUGGUCAGACACACCUAGCCUAACAUUUGCACUUUUUAAAAUUCCUUUAUCUCUGCUCUGACCCUAUUCUAAUUAUGAACUAUUGCCUAAUAAUCUUAGAUUUUUUAAAUCAGACAUAUCAUCGUAGCAUAGGUCACUAUUUAGUGAGUAUAGCUCUUCAAAUUGCUCUUGGGGGUGGGGGAAAGUGGGACAUAUGAUAAGGCCUUUGGAGGAUGGGUUUUAUGGUAGUUUUCAUUAAACACAUAAAAGCUUUCAAUUAGUGUUUUAUCAGCAGUCCUGUGUUCUUUAGACAAAGCUCCAUUAGACAAUCACUCAUUGCCUUAAUUACCCCUGCCCAUUCAACCCAGAUCUAAACCAAUGCUAAUUAAUGUCAAAAUGUUGCAUUAUCUAGAUUUCUUUUGGUUUUAACUUGUUUUUCCUCAGUUCAGCCUGGUGAGAUGUAAAUCUCUAUGCCUCUAGCAUUUUACAGGAUCAUACAACCCUAUGAAUAUGUUGCUGUGUAAUAUAACCAUGGAGUCCUAGUUCAUAGUAUUUACUGUACCUUUUGGUAGCUGUGCAUGAUGAGAGUUGUUACUUAAAAAAAAUAGAGAUUUUUUAGAAGUCUGUAAACAUAAACCCAUGAAUUUUGCCCUGUGCUGCCAUGUCCCCAUCUCUGCUGGUUAAAACAUUUUACAGAUCCUUGAUACAAUCUAUUGUUCAGAGCCACAUGCCCUUGUCUUCACUGCAAGGUCAUAAGCCUUGCCUACAAGGCACUGGUAUGGUUUUACACAGUAUGUGGUGCCAUUCUGCCUCCAUGCAGUUAUGUGGCUUUUCAUAAGAUAGCAUCUAUCCUAAUGGCUCUCUCAUUUCUUGUUAACUCUUCAGGCGCAGCAAAUACAGCAAAGCAAAACAGGAAGCAGACGAAGAGAAGCAUUUAAACCAAGGUAAAGUGAGAGUCUGUGUGUUGUGUAAUUCUUAUUGUUUGAAUAACAUGUGUAAGUGCUAAUGAAAUCGCAUGCAAUGGUAUAUCAUGGGGGUAUAUCAGUCAAGCAGCAGAAAAGCCUAAACAGAGCAAGCCUUUGACAAAUAAAAAGAACACAAACGCGUCUAUGCCUUUUCAUUUUUUUCUUCAUAAUAAUACGAAAAUCCUGUUUUCUCUCUGCCAGGUGUAAAAACAUACGUGGACCCUUUCACUUACGAAGACCCCAACCAAGCUGUCCGUGAAUUUGCUAAAGAAAUAGAUGCUUCAUGCAUCAAGAUUGAAAAAGUCAUUGGCGUAGGUAAGUAGCACACUCCGGAAAAGGAAUCUUCUGGUAAAAGCAUUGUUUUAAAUUAGAAAUAGAUAAAUAAAAAUACAAAACAGCAAGCAAUAUUGAGUAGAACAAAAUUAAAAUACAAAAAUGUAGUAGAUGGGGGCAGAUUCAGAACCUAAUCUCGGUAGGUGCACUAUAUAUGUAUAGUCUAACAAAGCGUGCAGGACACAGAAAUGCAUAGCAAAUAAUGAAUUGUUAUUGAGACAAAUGUUAUCAAAAACAAACAGGAAAAUUCAUCCUAAUAAAGACAACAUAAACAUAAAAAGUAUUUAAAGGCACAUAUAGAUUUAGGUACAGAUACAUUCACAACAUUUUUAUAGUAGUGAUGUUAUCAAGUGAGACUUGGAGUGAGUACUCCCUGUGUUAUGUUUUUCUUGCAUUAUUUUGUAUUUGUUUCAUCAGUUGAUGUGCUAUUAUCUCAAAAACCCAUUCCUUGAUCACAGGUGAAUUUGGAGAAGUAUGCAGUGGACGCCUGAAAGUUCCCGGAAAGAGGGAGAUAUACGUGGCUAUCAAGACUCUUAAAGCAGGAUACACGGAUAAGCAAAGAAGGGACUUCUUAAGUGAGGCUAGCAUUAUGGGCCAGUUUGACCACCCAAACAUUAUCCAUCUCGAAGGUGUUGUCACCAAAUGUAAGCUCCAUGCCUUUUAAUUUAAUUUCUAUGUCACCCCUAUUAAUGUCUGCUUUAAAAAAAAAAAAAAAAAAAAAAAAAAAAGAAAGAAAGCUGUAGAUUUCUUGGGAGUGGCUACCAGCUACUAAAAAAAGUUUCCAUUAUAACAUUGCAACCAGUACUGCUCUCUUUACAACUCCAUCCAUCAAAUAUCACUCUGCUUUGUGUACCAUGCAGAGCCUGUACCCCAAACAGCACUCGUAAGUGUGCCCUCAGGACUCAGAUACUUGCACCCAAAACCUUAUGCAGAGGUAGCAUUUCUAAAAGAUCUACUCAAGAAUACCUGUCUUAGUUAUUUUAUUCAUCUAUUUCUUAUUUUUCAAUUUUUUUUCUAUCUACCUCCCUUGAUUCUGGCCUCAUCCUUAUGCCUUACAUUCUGCCGAUUCCACCUUAAAAACAUUGCCCGCGUCCGCUUCUUUCUUAUACAAGAUUUUCUUCAUGCUGUAAUUCCUCGCAUUGAUUACUGUAAUUCUCUCCUAAUUGGUCUCCCUAGAAGGCAUACUGUCCCGCUACAGCCUGUAAUGAAUGCUGCUGCCAGACUGAUCUUUCUCUCCUGUCGCUCUUUUCAUAUCUCACCCCUCUGUCAAUCCUUAAACUGGCUUCCUGAAUCCUAUAGGUGUCCAUUCAAAAUAAUAAGCCUGAUUUAUAAAGCUCUAAACAACUCUAGACCCUCUUACAUUUCUUUACUGAUUCGUAGAUAUGCCCCUUCUCGGUCUCUCCGCUCUGCCGGUGAACGUCUCCUGUGCGCUACCCAGAUUCUUACUGCCAGCUCACGCUUGCAGCACUUCUCAGGGGUGGCUCUUUUCCUUUGGAACAUCAGACUCUCCCCUAGUCUUCAAUCAUUUAAGAAGUCCCUCAAAACCCAUCUCAACAGAGAAGCUUAUGCCUCCCGAAGUAAUUUCUGUUUCCCAAACCUUCCCAUGUUGAAGAUGAAAAUUGAAGAAUAUAUUCAUGUCUCUAUAGUAUCAUCUAUAAUACAUCUUUUUAAUAGAUGCAUUACAGAUUCAGAACAUUUUUUAAAUAUAGCAGAUAUAACAGCUACAACAGUUUAGUUAUAAGAUGGUUUAUAUUGGUGGUACAUCCCAGCCAUCUUGAUGUAAAUAAAUACAUUUUAAAAGUUUUUGUAACCCUCUCCCCCCAAUGUGGGUUAUCACAGCUGCCCACUCUCAAGGCGGGAAUGUUGCAGGUUUUAGAGUGAGGUGCAUAUGGCACACUUUCUGGGGUAGCCAAGGACAUCUUGGCCGCUGUGCUAGACUGAGCUAAUUGUUAAAGUACAGGCAGGGAGCAGAUGGCCGCAACUCCUUUCUGUUUUUGGACAAGAGAAAGAAAACAUGGUCCGUAAGCUUAACCUCUGCUGGCGCAUAAUACUGCAACACAGAUCGCGCUAGUGGCAAUUAACGAUCCAUCUUGCAAAGGAAGCGACUUUCAUUAAAACUCAUUUGCAGUCAUCUGUUGUACCAGAAGCCGAUGGAAUCUAGCAACAAAGUCAUCAAAUGCUUACCGCACCCGCAGCUCCAUUCCUUUGUUAAGUUCCAUCACAACAACCACGUUAUAAAACUCAAACCGUUCUAGUAUAGUCUAGCGGCUAAUGGGUUAUAAUAUAUAUAUAUUUUUUUAUUGUUACCAUCUGCUUAGAUAUUUGCAGAGAACUCUUGUCAUAGUGCUUUGGCUGCACAGCCAAGACGUACACUGCAAUGAUUCACCAAAUACAUAGCAUAUUUUAAUACCUACUCAUUUGAAAGUGUGAAUUUUCUGGGCUGCAAUUCUUUGUGACCUUGAGAGGCCAUUUAAUGUGGUUAUGAAUCCGACAGGGCAAACCAUCAGCCCUUUUUCAUCCCUCUGAUUUUACAUCAAACUUUGGGUUCCUGAUUUUUGAUUCAAGCGGUGUGUUAUUAUCAUCUUCUGUGACUUAUGAAACCAUAAAAUCUGAAUAAAGCCCUUGCAAGCACAGCAUUAAAAUAUGCGGCAGCUCUCAUAGCAGCAGAACUGGCGGACGGGGGUUCUGUAAAGAGAGAGAGAUCCAAGAUAGAAAGAGGCUUGCAUUUCCAUACACAUUUAAAUGGUAAUUAUGCAAACAAUGCAGCAGGCACCCACUAUGAACCUGUCAUGUGAUACAUAUUUCACGUACUGGGCCAGGAAAAAAAUGGAAUUGCAGCUCUAGUAUGGAAAAUGUGGAGGAAUCUGCUUUUUUGUUUUGUUUUUCUUUGUUUUUGUAAUUAUGUUCAAACCUUCACGUUGUGGUGUGUUUAUCAGAAUGCACUAAAUUUCCAUGUUAAAUUGUAAAAUCUACAUAAUGGCAAAAAUAUUGCAUCUCCACAUAGCCCUUAACACCCUUUGCUGUCCAAAUCACAGGCAAACCAGUCAUGAUCAUCACAGAAUACAUGGAGAAUGGAUCGUUAGAUGCCUUUCUUCGGGUGAGUGUUUUGCAGCCUGCCAAUACAUUAUAAAAUACGCAACCAAGCACUAAUCACACAUCCAUCUAAGUACUAAACAUGAGCUGUCAGCUGACUUCAUUGUAGCUGCUCCAGGGGCCUCACUAAUUUGUCAUAAUUUACACUGUUACACAACUGUAUUUAUUACAUUCCGUUUUCUUUGAAUAUAGUCUGUGACUGUAUACAUUCAUUUAAAGAAACACCCCUGACCCUAAAGUCACUUUAGCUUUCUGAAGUUCUUUAUGUGGGAAUAUGUGUCAUCAGUUUCAUUUUACAAACAGUGCAUAUUUCAAAAUAAAUUGACACUUUUAUAAAUUAACCUGGUUACAAUCCCCUGGCUGUCAAUAAGAAACAGGUCUUGUUACUACAAGGUUAUUUAGCUCAGUGGAGAUGAAUUCUAAAGGCCUAGACUUGAGCUGCAAUGGGAAGUCUGUGAUUGGACAGCCAUAGAAGGUCUGGGCUGGGUUAGAAAGGGAGAGCUUGAAAAAAACUUCAGAUAAGAGAUCUGUUGCUUUUGCACAUAAUUAAAUGCAUGCAUGAUCUCACUAGCGGUAUAUGUACAAAAUAGUGAUUUUAACUUUUUUUAUUUUUUUAUUUUGGGCAGUGGAGUGUCCCUCUAACUGCCCUUAGCUGACCAUCACACAACAUAAGAAACUUUUUAGAACACACUCCGGUAAAAGUAAUAAUAAUUCUAUAAGAACAAUUUCUGGCACCUAAACUCAGCCUUAAUCGACCUAAAGGCUGGCAGAACAUCAUUAAGCAUUGUGGGAAUUGUAGUUGUAAACAUAUAGGGGUGCAAAGCUUAACUAACCCUCCAACAGAUGCUAAAUUAUCUUUAAAAAAUCCAGUGCCAUAUUAUCAGAACUUAAAGAUUCAAUGAUUCUGAUCCAUAUUAGAAAUAGAGAGAUUAAAAUAAUUGUCUCCCACUAUUUCCUUGUGAAAAAUAAUGUUAUUUUAAGAUACUGUGGUCUCCAUUGUCAUUUGAAGAAGACGUGCACCUAUUAUUAACACUAAUCAAUUUUUUUUGUUUCAGAAGAAUGAUGGUAGAUUUACAGUAAUUCAGCUAGUGGGGAUGCUGAGAGGUAUUGGAUCAGGCAUGAAGUAUCUCUCUGAUAUGAGCUAUGUGCACCGGGAUCUGGCUGCCCGUAAUAUCCUGGUAAACAGCAACUUGGUCUGCAAGGUCUCUGACUUUGGCAUGUCUCGUGUUUUGGAAGACGAUCCGGAGGCAGCUUACACCACCAGGGUAAGGAAAAAAGCAAAUUCAUUGAUACAAAGUAUAGCACAACCAGGGCUGGAAAAGAACGGAAUACAAUGUGGAAUGUGAAAAGCACAAUCCUUGAUACAAAGUAUAGCACAUCCAGGACUGGAAAAGAACGGAAAAAAAAUGUGGAAUGUGAAAAGCACAAUCCUUUAUACAAAGUAUAGCACAUCCAGGACUGGAAAAGAACUUAAUAGAAUGUGGAAUGCACGUUUGGUUUUUGCUACAUUGCAAACUGUAUACAGCUGUUUCUGCCAACCAGCAAAUAUGAAGUGUUUUCAGCCAUACAGCUAGCGUUCUGUCUCGCAAAUAAGAGGUCAAUCAAAAAUCAAAGCGAGAGUUUGGCAAGCAAGCAAGAGGUCAAUCAAAUAUUAAAGUUAGAGUCUGGCAUACAAAUCACUGAUGCCAAUCAGUGAGCUUUGUAUCCAGUGUCAGUAGGAUUCGUUCCAAAUGUGCCUUUUCUCCAUGACUGGGAGAUUAUAUAGCCUGGGGCACUGGUAGUUUAGUUAGUAUAAGCAAUGUGUUGUGCACAGCUGUUUUGCUUACAGUUGCCGAUAAAGUGGGUGCAAACAGAUCUCUGUAUAAUUACUGCCAAGGCAUCUGGCCUCACAUAGCACAAUGUGCAUUGCCAUGUAUUCAUGCCGCAUUCCUCAGCCUCAAUGACUUGGGGUUUACAUAAACAGCUCCGAGUUGAACAAAAAGCACUAUAAGAAGGGGGGGAGUCUGAAAAGGGAACACACUUUGUGCAUUACCACAACAAUUAUGUGUAUCAGUGGCAGGAUCGCAGCCAAGUGAAUCGAGGAAAGAUAAGAAUCAAGGAGUUUCUUUACAAACUUAACCAAGCACUGAGGCCUGCUAAGGAAGCCAAACCCUUGUUGGCUUUUCCAUUAAUUGAAGACAUACCAGCAUGGAUCUUGUUGCACUUGAUAUUUAACUCCUUCACUGUUUUGUUUUAAGAAAGGCAUAAUGCAACCUUAUAGCAGAGAAUGCAUUCUUGUGAUCCGUGACUUGGAAAGUGUAAAUAGGCUGAAAUGGAAAGAUUUGUUGAAAAACUUGAAACAUCCAAAACCUAACUCGAGUGAGACACAUUAAUUUUGUUAUAGAUGUUAUUUGCUUUGUUGUACAGUUACAAUUAUUAAUAUAGCGCCAGAAUGUUACAGAGUGCUGUACUAUAGGUAAACUAGACACACAUUUAAUUCUAACAAAACAUGUUUGACAUAAGGGAACAGUAGGUGAAGAGGGCCCUGUCCAAAAGAGCUUACAAUCUAAAGGUGCUAGCAGAUUCCUCAAGCUGUACAAUAGAAAAACAAAGAAAAAAUAACAAAACAAGGACAGACAAUGCUGGUUGACCAGAAGGGCUUAAAUGAGCUUAUAAAAGGAUAUCUGUGUCCGUUCUAGACUAGUGAAGAUAAAGCUUACCAGUUGUUUUUGAACUACAUUUGAAGAUGCUCUGCCUGUGUGAAUUAUCCUGGGGAGCCAAAUUUCAGUAUUUCUGCUGUAGGUCUAUAGCCCUGUCAUGGUGAUGGGUUUAGAUUCAUGUCUGCUUUCACUGCAGUCAGAGCUGAAUGUAGAUUCACUUCUAAGUAUCAUGCUCCUGGUAUAAAACAGAUUUCCCCACGAUCCCUACAUUUUUACAUUCGCAUUGUAGUAUUUUAGAUCUCUAAAUAGUACACGGACUCAUAUUUACACAGAUGAGCCCAAGCAGAGAUGUAAAUGAAUAAAAUACAUGUUUUUUCAGAGCAAUGAGACCUAAUGUAUGGCUCAGACACAGGUAAAUCUGGGUGGUCCCUUGCUUUCAUAGCAGACAGGUCUUUUUAAAUAGGCUGGGAUUUAGGUUACCAAGCAAAAAAGAUCUUCAUCUGAAGUGACAGACAGGCUUGCAGAACAGUGUGUUUCACGCUAUAUUUCAGACACUCUAUUAAAGGGCUCAGGAGUAUAUAUAUAUAUAUAUAUAUCAAUACUGUAUAUUUUAGAAAAUGUGAAGUGUCGUUUCUGAGAGGUUGUGCCGUCAAGUAAUGCAAGGAAGUAAAUAGAUAAGAAAAGGGUCACCUUCUAGUGCAGUCAAUGGAGGCUGAUAGAGUAAAAUAAUAAUAUUAUUCAUUAUUUGAUUUACAUGAAGCAAACAUUCAGAAUUCCCUGAGUUUACUGGAUUCUAUUUUUCUAGGGAGGAAAAAUUCCCAUUAGAUGGACGGCGCCGGAAGCUAUCGCAUACCGUAAAUUCACGUCUUCUAGUGAUGUAUGGAGUUAUGGCAUUGUCAUGUGGGAGGUGAUGUCAUAUGGAGAGAGGCCCUACUGGGACAUGUCCAAUCAAGAUGUAAGUACUAACCUGUAAAAUCAUCCACUUAGAAGAGCUACAAAGAGACCAGGACUUAGAAGUGUAAUAAAUGUGUGCAGUUCAAUCUCCCAUUAAAUUAAAAUAACGAACAUUAAACUCUGGGUGUUUAGUUAAAACACUGGUGUCUUAGAAUGUAUCUUGUCGAUAGUUUUUGUGUCUGUGAGGUUCAAUAAUUGGAACCUUGGUUGUGUAAUUAGCAUUAUUUACAUAACCAUAGCAUUUGUUAUUAAUAUUAUGGCAUCAUUAGGCAAGACAUGCUGGGAAAAAAAUAUAUAGGUGUAUAAAGUAUCUGUAAUAUUUAGUGGUUUGUUAACAAAUUCAUUACUUGAAGAACUUGUAUUGUGAAGCACUGCAUCGCUGGUGUAAUUAUUUCUUGAGCCAAUUAAAUGGCUGUCUCUUGGGAACAUUAAAAAAAAUGAUUCACUAAAUGGCUCUUUUUAAAUUAUGCAUAUCUUUUUUAAGUGAACCAUCUGGACAGACUCAUAAGGGAUCAUAUGCAGACAUCUGUCUCUGGGUGACCCACCGAAACCUAAUGAUAGCAACAAGGGAAAUUGUCCAGAUUGUAUUUUUUUUUUUUUGCAUACAAAAUGAAAAGGAAGAAAUUUGAUAUUUUUUUCAUAGAGGUUUCCUUGUCUGGAAGGUUCAAGGUGGAACUUAAAGGAAAAAUCUCUGUUUGUUCUUUGUUUAUAAACUGGUUGCUAAUUUGUUGCUGGUCUCAACUGGUAUAAUUAAAACAAAUUCUCAAAAUUGUAGUCUGUAAACACCUGGAGAUCCAGACUUUGGCCACCCAUCUUGUUAGGUUUUAAGUCCUGCAUCAGCAGUGGUUUAUUCAUAUUCUCUCAUCUAGUGGGUAUGUUGGCCGUCUUUCUCAAGUGGUUUUAUAUUGAAAACCAUCACAAUGAAAUAUGAUGCACAUACUCAGACAUAUAAAAUAUAGUCAGCACAGUAUGAGAUUAACAACCUAUACCUUAGGAAAUGCAUAGUGCAAAACCAGUAUUAUUCAUAAAUGGUAAAAGUAUCCAUGUGAUUAUAGACAUUAUUUAAUACAAAACCAAUACAUAGUGACAAAGUAGUAUAUAAUUCUCCUAAAGAGGUCACUAAAAGUGAUUCUAUUUUUUUGGAUAUUUUUGACAUCACUAAAAAAACCUGACUCAGAAACCUGCCACCCUGAAACCCUAUGAAACUUGAUACAGAAUGCUUGCUUCAUUAAAGGACCACUCUAGGCACCCAGACCACUUCAGCUUAAUGAAGUGGUCUGGGUGCCUGGUCCAGCUAGGGUUAACCCAUUUUUUAAUAAACAUAGCAGUUUCAGAGAAACUGCUAUGUUUAUUAAUGGGUUAAGCCUUCCCCCUAUUCCUCUAGUGGCUGUCUCAUUGACAGCCACUAGAGGCGCUUGCGUGCUUCUCACUGUGAUUUUCACAGUGAGAGCACGCCAGCGUCCAUAGGAAAGCAUUGUGAAUGCUUUCCUAUGAGACCGGCUGAAUGCGCGCGCAGCUCUUGCCGCGCGUGCGCAUUCAGCCCAGGAGGAGGAACGGAGGCGGAGAGGAGGCAGAGAGCUCUCCGCCCAGCGCUGGAAAAAGGUAACUUUUUACCCUUUUCCCCCUUCCAGAGCCGGGCGGGAGGGGGUCCCUGAGGGUGGGGGCACCCUCAGGACACUAUAGUGCAAGGAAAACGAGUAUGUUUUCCUGGCACUAUAGUGGUCCUUUAAAUACAAAAUGUGCGUAUAUACAUACGUGUUAGGCUUUAUUAGUGUGUAUUAUAGCAUCAUAAAAGCAAGGCUCAAAAUGUCAACACCAUUGGCGAGUGCAAAUUUAACCCCCGUCAAUGGAAUGUCAAACCUUGAUACAAUGCCAUGGAUCUUCCAGGGUUGCAGUGGCAAAUAACGUUUAAGGACUGGCUAGUACUGUACGGCUUGAAAUUUUUUAGCCUAGAUAAAAUAAUGCUGUUUUUUCAUGCAAGGAAUACUUAAAUAUAUCUUUUGAAAACUGUUGCCAUAACUGCACUGAAAAUCAACUGUUUUGGUUUGUGAUCGUAUGCCACUGUUAGAAAUAAAUGCAAUGUUUUUUUGUUAUUCAGGUCAUUAAAGCCAUAGAAGAAGGAUAUCGUCUGCCACCACCAAUGGACUGUCCCAUCUCUCUGCACCAACUUAUGCUCGACUGCUGGCAGAAAGAGCGUAGCGAUCGACCCAAGUUUGCACAGAUUGUCAGCAUGCUGGACAAGCUUAUUAGGAACCCAAACAGUUUAAAAAGGACAGGACUUGACACAUCCAGGUCAGCAGAAAUGCCUUAAAACUGACAUACUGAUUAAAUUAUUGUGUCUUUAAAUAGUAUUUUUUUAAAUAAUAAAAUGAGCUUAAUAACCCACAUUUUAAGCUGUUAUAAAAACCCUCAGACUCGAGAUUUUUCAAGCAGUGACACAAAGUGCUUUACCCUAGUAGAUUGAAAUCUGAUCGAUUUAUAAUUGUGGCUUUUUAUGAGCUAUUUUGUAUCAGGCACGUUAAAGGAAUAGGUUACAAGUCCCACUGGGAAGCAAUCAUCACAUAUUUGCAUCGAUAUGUUCAAUUAUUUAAAUGGGAGUGGAUUAUAACAAAAAACGGUUUAAUCCUUUCCUCCUUGUCCUGACCCUGAAUCCAUCUGAUUGUUUUACAUUUGUAACCACACUGUACAGCUUUUUAAGUAUCUGUGUUUAAAGAUAUUGAUUGGAUACUUUAGAAAGCAGGAGGAUUCCCUUGGGCAGUCAUUGAUGAGGCUCCACUGGAAAGCUUAUUGAAUUUACAGUUUUAGUAAUACGUCGCUAUGCCGGUAUUAAUCACUUUGCGGAUGUCUGAAUUUUCAAAAUGCUAAGGGGCUUACAACUAAAUGUCAGAUUUUUAUUUAUUUAUUUAUUUAUUUAUUUACUUUAUUUAUCUAUGAUAUUUUCAUCACUAAAUACAAUGUGUAGAAUGCAUAUUCCGUUAGAAUGCAAACCUAUUUGAACCAAGCCCCAUCACCUCUUGAUCACGCCCUAAACAGUUUGUCACCAUUUAUUUACAUGCUUUGUUAUACGUAUUGUGAAAUGUAUUUGUCAAAGUCGAUGGAAUAGCAAGUUUAGACAUUGUGCAACACAUUUCAUGAUUAAAAGAACAAUUGUCAAACUUUUAAGGGUAGGCUCUUUUUUAAAUAAAUGUAGUACAUGACACUAAAAUAUCAUAAUUAAAAACAAGAAAACAAAAAUACUUUCUUACGAGGGAAUUUUGGUAAAGGCUGGUUAUCUGUGCAUCAUAAGUAAAGAGGAUAUAUUGCUCAUCUUGGCCAACGAACUACUUAAGUAAUUACUUGAAAUGUCCAGUGCAGGGGAAGAUGAGGAGAAGGGAAUUCCUCAAACCAAACAUCAAAGAAGCUCUUAUGCUAGCCAAAUCCAUCCUAUGUGCUUUUCAUGAGCGUUUUGAUUAUAGAAGGGAUUAUCUCCCCAACAAGCUGGGCUUUGUCUGUUCUCGGAGAGCCCAGGAGGGUAAAAUUGAUUGGGAUCUUUUCAUUGGAAACAAAUUCAGAAUAAUAUAGUACAUUAUUCGGUGACUGGCUUGUUUUCCUAGAUAGUAUGUCUAUAUGUAACUUAAUAGAGAUUUGUUGGAUAAUCCACUGCGCUCAUUGUAGGACCACUCAGCUUAUGCCAUUUUAGUACUUGCGAAAGAAGAACACACUUUGACUAAACCCACCAUCACAUGAGUGAACAUUACACUUAUUGAUACCUUCAUAUUAAAAGACCAAGAUUGGGUUCAGACGUUAAUUUGUUCCAUAACUACUGUUCUGUUCUGGCAUUGCCAAAGGGUGCAUUUAAUGAUAAGAGGAACCUUGGUUUCAAAGGAACAUGUGGUCUGUGGUGUUAAAUGUUCUUGUUUCUGAAUAGAAGAGAAUUGUUGCCACAAAUGUAUACAGAUAACUGGAUGGAUUGUUAGAAUUAUUACUAUAUAGAAGCUUGGAUUAAAAAAAACCACACACACUCCACUAAGGAAGAUAUAAUUCGGCAACACUUAGCUAGUGCUUCUUCUUAAGGGAGUGCCAGAAAUCUCUUAAAAGAUAGUGACUUUCCCAGACAAAAGCAGUAAACUGAGUGUGCAGUCAUACUAAACAUGAAAAUUUAGCCUCUCUCAGUUUACAUAUUCUAAUACUUAAAUGCAUGAAUAUAAAACAAACCUUGAAGAUUUUUUAUUGUUAUUGUUGCCUUUUUAUGCCACACGACUACAAACUAAAAUUAAUCUGCCCACAAAAACAUGAAUGGAACAAUCUAUAAAAAAUAUAUAUAUUUAACUUUUUUAGCAGAUUGUUGAUUAUUCAAAUAGAAUGUUACUAAUGUUCUAUUCAAGAGUAGCAAUGUUUUGGAAUUUCUGAUUAUGACAAAAAUGAAAAGAAAGAAUACUGUUUUUGUAACCCAUUCAUUGUUGAUAGGCCAUCUAGUAAACUGGUUCAAUGCCUAGCACCAUUUGUCCAACUGGUCAAGUCAGUGGCAACAAUAUGGGUCCUACAGUUUGAAUGUUCUUUAGUAGACAAAAAACAUCCGCUUUUGGAUAUUGAACAUGCAAUCCAACGUUAAUGAACUUUCAUAGAAUGUUUUAGGAAAUGACAGUAUGUGGAAUAUGUUGUUUGCUCUCCUUUUGAUAAAUCUUCACUAAAUGCAGACGGUGUCUUAUUAAGUUUCUUUUUCUUCUGAAUAUGGCAGAACAAACACGGCUCUGCUGGACCCAAGCUCGCCUGAGUGGUCCCAGGUGGUGUCUGUGGUGGAUUGGCUGCAGGCCAUCAAGAUGGAAAGAUACAAAGAUAACUUCACAGCGGCCGGAUACACCAGCUUGGAGGCAGUCGUGCAUGUAAAUCAAGAGUAAGUAAAUAUAAUCAGAUACAUUUACUAAACAAUUUUAGAUGGAAUGGGUGAAAGAAAGGUGUAGCGUUCUCUAUGUAAUUAACAAAAAUAUAAAAAAACAAAAACAUUUUUCGGUGUGCCUCAGAACCUUACAUGUUCGUAAUUAACAAAUAGUAAUAGUACUUUAUGUAGUAUCUUGACACAUGAUAGUAGCAAUUGCCAGGAAUGCAGAAAUGGGAGUAGAAUCUAUGGGAAAGUGGCGAGUAAGGAGUUGACUGUACUUUCAGGGCUUUAUGCCGAAUUGCUAGCAAAGAUUUUAUGGUCUUGAAAAGGUUGUCUUUAUUGGUGUCAUUUUUUGUUUGUUGUUGGGUGGUGGAAGGUAAAUGCUGGAUAAACCUGGUGUUAAAAAAUAAAUCUUAGUUCCAUUGUUGCCCGGAAACUUAUAUUCUUUUAGGUUUGUCAGCUUUGGCCAACGUUGUGUAGCAUAUUCCUUAAAUGUCACAAAACAGUUGAAUUAAGAUAGAAUUUCCUUUUUUCCUCCACGUAGUGACCUAACAAGGAUUGGCAUCACUUCCCCUGCACAUCAGAAUAAAAUCCUGAGCAGCGUCCAGGGAAUGAGGAACCAGAUGCAACAACUACAAGGGCGAAUGGUUCCUGUCUGAAAGGGCACGGCACCAGGCGUUACACACAGAACUCUUGAAAAAUUAGUUUACCUCAUCCAUGCACUUUAAUUGAAGAACUGCACUUUUUUUACAUUAUCCUCACCCCAUUGGACACAGGACUCUUUUAUUAUCUGGUGGUGAGAUGAAAACCAUGAAACACAAAACGUCAUUUGUGCCACACCUUCAGUCCAUCCACAUAUUGGCGACACAAGGAUUAAAAAUAAGUUCAGAAAAGAAGAGGGCACGGACAUUUUGGAAUACAGUAAACAUAAACAAUGAAUUUGUUUUACCAGACUUUACCUAUCUUCCUGUGGAUUGUUUGACUUGUGACAUGGACACCUUUUUACGGAGUGAAUCAAAAUGUCCCUUGUCACCUAUUGCUAGAUGCAGACCAGUAUUGUGGGGAGAGAUUGAGGGACUUGGGAGUAGAAGACUAUGUCUUACUUACAGACUUUGAAAAAGCCUGAUCCCUUGCCGGCCCUGAGGUUAUCUUGAGAUAUUCAAUGAAAACCAGUGGGUUGUGGAAAACCUGUUCUCACACCAAGGUGGCAAAUCUACCACCCCUCCCAUUUUUGCAUAGACUUGCUGAAGAGAAGGGUAGAUAAAGGUAAAUAUUAAAUAUAUAUAAAUAUUUUUGCUCCUCCUCUGAUAAACCAGAGUUGUGUAUAUAUGUAGUUAACAAUUUGUGAAAAAAUAUACAGUCUUUUAAUAGCGUCUGGCUUGGCAAUCAAGCCACCUAAUGGCAUCAAUGUACCUUUUUUUGUCUCUUGGUCUAAUUAAAUCAAGGUAAAUCUAUUAGUAUUUCUUCAUCCUUUACUUUAAAUUUUCUCAUAGAAAUGACACUAUGAAAGAAUGGGUGUUUCAUAAGCACAGAAUGGCUUACAUUAUGCCAAUUUCAAUACCUGACUUGUUCCUUUUUCUUUUUCCCAGGGAAUCCGCCCUAAUUUCCUUUUGUGCUCUAUGGAAAACCACAAGAUAACUAUACAGCACAGCAGAAUUUUCACGCUUUUUAAUGUGUCGGACACGGCUCAGUGAAUUUGUCUUGUCACAAAACUCGCUACUGUUUCUCCAGCAUGGAAAAAAAGGGAUUAUCCUAAAAUCUACCAGAACCCCUAGGUCUUCCUGUGUAUUUCACUUCCAGCCUCGUGUCUGCUUCUAAUGAUGCCACAAGCAUUAGGACUUUGGAUAUCAUCUGAUAGUUAUCACUCCGGACCAGGGUGUUCUGUUGCCUUCAGUAAAUCCAAGGGUGGAUUUAUACUGUCUUCUCCAGUAUGCUUUUUGUUUUCAUUUUUGCUUUGUGUUUCCACAAAAAGAAUACAGUGGCACUUCAGAUCCAUGUCCAAAACCAGUUUUCGUUUUUUUGUUUUUCCGCUACAAUGUAACAAAAAAAAAAAAAAAAAAUGAACACUGCAUUGCAUAUUGAAGAAUAAUAACGUUCUAAAGUUAACUGUUGCUCGGAACAGAACUAGAUGCCAAACUAACCUUAAUAAGGGACCCGGCGUGCCACGGAUCAACAGACAGUUUUCGCGUUAUGGGUGAAACCAUAAAGAUUUCUGAGGUGGAUGCACUCUGGUCUUGGCCUACUCCUCAUCUUUAUUGGCCUCUGUAGUAUAAUAUUACAAGAGACUUUCCUUUCAAGAUAAAAUAUGCAAUUUACUAGUUUUCAGCAUCUUCCUGGUCAUUGAUACCAGACAGCUGCCAAUUAGGUGUGAGUUUAUAUGUAUUUGUAUGUGUACGUAUAUAUGUAUGUGUAUACAUAUAUAUAUUUACAUACAUAAUUACAUAUACAUACAUUAAAACCCAGAAAGUUGUCUUUGUUUAUUAACCAGCUGUCUUUGUAUUGACUCCUUCACUUCUAAGCUCCACAGACUGGCAUAAAUGAAGGAACAGUAAUAUUGGGCAAAGGUUAUUCUUAUGUGGUUGAUGGUCACCUUUGCCUAGCACCUCCCUUUUAGUGUGUCAUCCCCACCGUGUAACUUCCACAACUCCUAAAUCCAAUGUUGUCCCCUGAAUGUUACCAAUGAUGGUAAUAAAAAGCUACUGCCAGCCAUUUAGGAUUUUGGUAUAUGUACAAGAAUGGGUAGCAAGCAUGUGAAAAAUCUGAUCAGGUUUCUCUUACGCAGUAACACGGACGUAGAUGAAGCUCUCUCCGCAUGCUGAAGUAGCAGUGCUGUUUGUUCGAGAAACUCAAAAUAAAUAGCUAGUACAAUGAGCUGUAUAUUUUCAUAUUGAGGAAUAAGUAAGCAAGUCAAUGAACUGAUACAAU